GAUCGAGUCGGUCGGUACCGAAGUAAUAUAAGAGACGAGGAGGGCACGGUAACGUCGACGGGCACCUCCGUUUUUAACGGAGGCGGUGUGUCAGUCCAUGGCUGCACGUCGACCAGAUACCUACACCUUGAUACCUUGAUGCUGCAUAAUGUCUGAAGCCGAGGAUGCCUCGGGCAAAGGCAGUAACCUGACAGCGAUUGAAGCAAUCUCGGCGAGGCUGGCGGAAGUAACGCGACUCGCCGAGAAGCUGGACGCGAGACUUUGCGAGGCUGGAGCCAGGACUCGACCAGUUCCGAUGUCGUCGUCCGCGAUGUCCUCCACUUCGUCUCUCUUCUCGUCGUCGAACGUAUCAGUCACCACGUCCACGUCCGUUCCUAGCCAAGUUCAAACGAUUUCUACCGGAAUCUCUGGAUCCAUUGCUGUUACUACCUCGUCGAUUGGAAUUACAACACCUUUGAUCAGUUCCUCGGUGUCUACGGUGCAACUGCAACCUAAAUGCGUGUCCACGAUAUUGUCCUCGGCGACUAAUAACGAAAGUGUUGGUCCUUCGAAGGAAAAGAUGUCUGGCUUGGUGUCUUCGAUACCACAAUCGGCGAAUGGAACGGUUUGCACGGGUACUGUUAAUGGUAAGGCUGGUUCUACUAUGCUGGAGAAUGGUAAGACGGAGGAAAAAGUUGCUGAGAAAGAAGACGGAGCAGAGGAGAAAAGUAAGGACGUGGAUUUGGACCGAGCGAAUGACGUGAAGAUGGAAGAAGUCGCGGAGGACGUAAUUGAGAAGUCAUUCGACGAUAGUCAAGCCGAUGAUUCGAACAUAGAGGACUACGUGACCGCCACCGAACGUUCAAUUACUCCGACAGUUCGCUCCAGAAGCGAAUCCUUCGUUACUUCUCCAGAAUGCGAAGAUCUUGCCGCUCCAGCAACCAUAACGUCUAUUAACGAUAAUUGGUGGAACAUCGAGGAACCUAAAUUUAUCCCCACCACUGCAGCGGCGUCUUCUCCUGUGUUUAAACAAAUGGAAGCUUCGAAAGAGCCGAAAAUAGAAAGAAACGUCGUCGUAUCGGUGGAUACUCCGCAAUCGGAAGCUAGCGAGACGAACAAAGAAAAACAGAUUGAGAAAGUUGUGACAAUGGAAAAGAAAGUCGAAGAGAAAUCCGGGAAGAUCGUAAAAGAAGUUACAGAAACAACGACUUUACGUGUGUCUCACGACACUCGUUUAGGUAUCGCGUCUUACAAAGUGAUAUCCAACACUACGCAAGAUCAUCGAGAAAACGUUGAUGUUAAGGAAAUCAAGGAUCUCGAACGAAUCGUGUUUCCGGAUGUUCAGACGAAUGGAUUACACCACGAGACAGGUUCCGGUUGCAAAUCGGAUUCGUACAGUCGUAGAGACGAACUGUCAACGAAAACAGACGACGCCGAACGCGUGAUCAAAUUCGCAAAGAUUUGCGAGAUCAAUCAAGAAUCUCGCGUAAUCCCUGCGGACACAUCGAAGGAUAUUUCGUUGUCCCUGAAGGAAUAUACGCGACAUCGCGAAGACAGUGGAAUUGAGAUGUCACCGACGAAGAAGGACGAGAAUCUCGAAGGGCAAGAUUUCCUCGAAAGAGCGAGGAAGAGAAGAGUUACGAGAAUGGUAGACGGACACGACUCGAUGGAAACGACGGAGAAUAGCGAGGUACCUCGUGAGAAGGAAUCGCGAACGAUGGUGGAGAGCAACGAGGAUGCACCGCAACAAACCACCAGUCCGACGACCACCAUAAGCACCAUAGCUGUGCAGAGCGGUGAAACGCGUCUGGUGAUCGCUCUACUUCAAAGCGGAGAAUGGCUGAGAUUAAAAGUUCUGGAGGUUCAACCAGAACUAACGAAGCUCGGUGCCACGGUGGAGGAGGCUACCGAGCUUUCGAAUGCACACGACGAAGUUUUGCUUCGAUUACAGAGCAAACAGAGCCCGGUAGAGGAAUUGCUCCGGCAGGCUGAUCAAUUGAUCUCGAACCAAAGGCCAAGAGCGGAAGUGUACGCCGCGAUGGCGGAAACGUUGGGCCAAGCUUGGCGCGACGUGAACGAGCUUUUGGAACGUCGAAAACAGAUCCUCGAUUCCAACGUGUUGUUUCAAUGUCGAGCGGAGGAAUGUCGAGAAAGUAUGAAAGCUCUUGAGAUGGCAUGCAACGACACGUUGCUGCCGAUCGAGAUCGAGGCGGUAAAGAAUUUCUUGUCGAAAAUCCAUGAUCUUCGAAAGAAUAUGCUCGAGGCGUUGAUGGGCGCGCUGCAAGAGGGGAAGAGUCUACUGGAUCGGCUGAAAGAGAUCGCGAACGAAGGCUCCUUGGAUUCCAGACCGGAUAGAAUUAAGCUGGAAGCUGAUCACGCGGUGCUGAAAGUCGAGAAAUGGUUGGAAGAGCUUCAUGACAGGAGACGGCUGAUCGAAGCGUCGUUUCGUAGCAGAAAGACACAAUUGGAGCAAUGCCUGGCUUUAGCUCUGUUAGCGACCGAUCUACGUGAUCUCGAAGAGGUCUUAAACGACAGAAUCGCUGCUUUGUCGAGCAGCUGCGAUCAGCUGGGAGAUUCCGCAUCGAGCGCGGAAUUGCUCCUCUUCGAAUUGAAAAAAUUACAAGCUGAAGCUAAGGAAUUUCAAGACAGAUCGAUCAAAAUAACGAAGUCAACCGAACGAUUAGUGUCAUCGGGACACUUUGCGGGUGAACAGGCGACAGAACAAGCUUACGCGAUUCUUGGCGCCGCGGCUGAUUAUGUCAACGAUUUGGAUCAGUACGAGGCGUUGUUGAAUAGAGCGGUGGCCUUCUUCGAUUCGGCGAGAUCGGCAAUUACAAAGUUAGAUCAGUUGGAAAUUCAGCUGGUGACGACGGAGCAUCCUCCAUAUUCGACGAAAUUAGCUCGUUUCCAUGCUCAGACCGUCGCCACCAUCGAAGACGUCACCGCGAAACCUUUGGCGGAAGGAUACGCCCUUCUAAAUGUCACAGGAAGAGGAGCGCCAGGAGCUGAGGGUGUGAAACGAGUGGUGGAUGAGCUGGAAAAUCGGAAGAUCCGUUUGAUGGAACGGUGCACAGCUCACGAGAAGGAGAACCUCGAGAUAUCGAGGAUCAUAAAUACGUUCUUAGACAAGCACGACGAGCUGAGAAAGUGGUUAAUGAGCAUACCCGAAGCGUUUCUCCAGGGUCACCAAGACAUGGGCAGCGACGUCCCAAUGGCGGAGGAUUUCUGUCGGUUGCAUCGUCAGCUGUUGAACGAUCUCGAACGAAGGACCGACGAAGUCGAGCAUUUAGAGUUCGAAAUUUUACCAAUUCGAGAACGAUUGGAAGAAACGCAGAAAUUAGAACUGCAGUCGAAAGUGGAGGAGUUAAGAAAUUCUUGGUCAAAGACGAAAGAGCUGGUAGCGAGUAGAAUCGAUCUGGGAUCGCUUUAUUUGCAAUUCCAUAUGGCGGUUGAGGAACUAACGAGGGAAAUUGAGUCGAUCGAGAGUGAAUUGAAGAGACAAACCGAUGUUUUGGACGAGAGAAAGAUCGAACAGCUUGGAAGACGUUGGAAAGAUCUCCAGCCGCUUUAUGUCAACCUGACUAACACUGGCAAAGCCUUUCUGGACGCUGCUAUUAAGAUGGAUGAUCCUUAUCUAGAUGUACCGAGAGCCUGCAUAUGCGUCCAGACCCUCUUAGAGAGAUUUGCCAACAGACAGUUGACUAUAACAGAAUCGUGGGAGAAAUGGAGGACGACGAUCGAGAUUUUGAGGAAGAAGCGGAUCGAGCAUCAACGAAGAAUCGAAGAGAGCACAAGAACAAUGGAAUGGGUUUCCAAAUUCAGCGAACAAUUAUAUCCAGUGAUAACAUCUCAAUCUCCUAAAACAGCAAACAUUCUUCAAGACUUAAGCGGAUCGAAACAUCGUAUUCUUCCCGAGUUGAAUAAAGCUGUCAACGAAUUGGAUACUAGAAUCAAUGGGAUUGAUACUCUAGCUCAGAAAGGCGAAGUAGAGAUCGACGACGAGAUCCUGAAGAGACUUCGUCAGAUGCACGAGAAUCUUCAUGCGACUGCCAGAGAUUACGAAACUCUUCUGGAGUCGUUGAUUUCCAUCUUCCAGAAUAUCGAAGAGGUUGAGCAUAAGAUCGAACAGUUAAGGGCUCAUGCACAGCGUGUAGCGUCCUUGAAAAAAUUGUCCGAAGUGGAAACACUGUUCAACGAGCUCGACGCGAUGAAAUGGACAAUUUCUGACAGACAAAAUCAGAUUAGAUCGAAGGCUCAAGACGUAAUCGCUAGAAUUAAGCAACAGGAACCGCCCGAGGCUGGUGUUCAGGACAUUGAGAAAUUGAAGCGUGCUAUAGAUUCGUUGUCGACAAACCUUGAACUGCUUUGGUCUCAGACGAUUACCAAAAUCGAAGAAUAUCGACGAACGUGUACUUUUUCCGACGAUUUGGAGAGAAUUGAGACAGAAUUGCAGGAUUUGAAUGAACAUUUGAAGAAGGUGGACGCGAAGAUUGGUGAGAACCUUCAGACAGCUAAAGCUACUGCCACCUCGUUCGUACAAUUCGAAAAGACUGUCACGAUUUUGGAAGAAAGGAUCGAGACGUUCGUGAAGACGACCGAAGAAUCGAUUAAUAUUUUAACGCCUCAAAUUGUCAACGAUAUUUCUUUCUUGCGUGAGAGAUGGAGAAACUUGAAGAGGAAAAUCGAAGAAACAAAGAAGCGAAUGAAUUUGAGCAUAGAGUAUUUCACGCUCUUGGAGGAAGCCAAAGAAUGGAAUAGAGAGGGUAACAAAUUGCUGGUUGUGAUAGCGAGGAAAGCAACCGCGGUGAAGACCCCGAAAGACGCCAUGGAUUUGCUUCAAGAAAUAGAUCGCUACUUGAAGCCAGGCGAAGAAAUUCAAGAAAGGAGAAUCGAGAAGCUGAAGGAACUAUCGACAAUCGUGUUUGGUACAGACAGAUUACCACAAUUCAACGAAGUGAUCGUGGAAAAUCGCCAAAUGUUAGACUCGUUCGCCGUCGUCUCGUCCGAAUUCCGAACGUUGGCUCAAAAUUUGAAAAACGCGGAAGAUCUGCAAGAGAAAUUAAGGAUCGAGAAGCAGGAAGCAGACAGAAGAUUACAAGCCGCGAAAGUGGAAAUGGCUGCCGCAGAAGCAGCCAGAGAGGAAGCGGAGAACGCGAGGAGAAUCGCGGAAAAAUUAGCAGCAGAGACAUUGGAGAAAGCAACGAUAGAAGCGAAGAAACUGAAAGAGGAAAAGACGUUUGAAAAAGUGUCUGCUCCUCCGUCGUUUUCGGUGUCAGCUCAAACCGAGAAGAUCGAUAGCACGGACAAAAGUUUCGUCAAAGAAAUGGUCACUUCCGCAACUAUCACUAAAGAAAUACAUAUUUUGCAAAAGACGGAAAUUGAGAAAACGUCUCAACGCGAACCAAGUCCACAGAAGAACAUUGUCACCGAAGAAAUACGCGAGAAAUCAGUAGAAAGACUGCUCAAAGAGAACGUUCCUCCAUUGGCUCCAGAAUUUACCGUUCCCCUACAUGAUGCCACUGUACAAGAAGGAGAAAAGUUCACUUUCCAGUGCAAUCUCGUUGGUCAACCAACACCGGAAGUGGUUUGGUACAAGGAUGGAAUCUCGAUUUUGAAUAACCCUGAUUAUUUGACAACGUAUGUUCAAGGUAUCUGUACUUUGACGAUCGAAGAAACUUUCGCCGAAGAUUCUGCGAAAUACACUUGCAGAGCUUUCAAUAUAGCCGGGUCAGCGGAAACGUCUGCCACGUUGACUGUUAAAGAAACAGCACCGGAAGAGCAACCAAGUCCACCGGUUUUCGUGAAAGAAUUAGUAGCAUCGGUGGCGAUGGAAGGAUCUUCUCAUCGGAUGGAGUGCAUCGUCGAAGGUAAUCCUCUGCCAACUGUACAAUGGUUCAAGAACGACGUGAACAUCGAUAAUUCUCCCGAUUACAUCAUCACUUACAAUAACGGUGAGGCUGUUUUAAAAUUCGAAGAAGUCUUCUUAGAGGAUAAGGCUUCUUAUACUUGCAAAGCCGCAAAUCGGUUGGGUCAAGCCUCCACUUCCGCUUUUCUCGAUAUACAACCUGUGGAAUUUACUUCGGAAAAACCAUAUUUUGUUACUCCGUUAUCAAAUGCCAUGGGAAGAGCAGGUCAAAGGGUGAAGCUGGAAUGUGAAGCAAAAGGAAACCCAACGCCUACUUUGACUUGGUACCACGAUGGAAGACCGGUCGAAGAAACCAUGAACUUAAAGAUACAAACGGACGCCGGGCGAACCAGCCUGAUCAUCUCGGAGGCGUUUGCAAAGGAUGCCGGAUGUUACACGGUCGUCGCUAAGAACAACGCCGGUGAGGCCACGGUGUCUUGCAACGUUUCGGUGAAAGGACGACUUCCUCACGAAACCAGCGAUUCUGACUUCGCUUGCAGCGACAUGGAGCCCGUGGUCCCCAAGAUUCAGAUGCCAUUGAAGGAUCUGAAGGUUCAGGAGGGUUUGUCUGUUCGACUGGACUGCGUGAUCGUUGGCCAACCUGAACCGGAAGCACAGGUGAUUUGGUAUCACGAUGAUCAACCUGUAAAGGAGUCAGCCGAUUUCCAGCUGUUGUUCCAGGGUGACAAAUGUUCCUUGGUCAUUCACGAAGCUUUUUUGGAUGACGCCGGUGUGUACAAAGUAGUCGCCAUUAAUUCUGGCGGUGAAGCGUCUAGUCAGUGCACAUUAACAGUGACACCGGUGACCGUUUCGAAAAAAUUGGACAAGACACGAACGGAAGUGGAAGAAACAUUGGUCGCGGGUUCACCUCCAAAAUUCGUGAAACUUCCGACAGAUUCUCUGGUGGCGGAAGGCGAGACCGCCACUUUUGAGUGUGCGGUAGUUGGAGAACCGAAACCAGAACUCAGAUGGUUCUCUGACAGUGGCGAGAUCACCGAGAACGAACGUAUCCUGAUCCAACGGAGGCAAGAUGGAACGAGUAUUCUGAAGAUUUCUUCGACGAUCCCCGAGGAUAAAGGGAAUUACGUAGUCAAAGCGUUUAAUGCGCACGGAGAGGCGAAAGCUUUCGCACGUUUGGUUGUGAGAUCGUUGGGUGACUUUAGGAGAAAGGAAGAAUUCGUGCAAAUGGAAGAGAAAUUGAUCGCUCCUACGUUUAAGGAGAAGUUUGAAGACAGAAGAGUGUCAGAGGGCGUUUCUACGAAAUUCGAGUGUAUUGUAGUUGGGAAACCAGCUCCGAAAAUUCAAUGGCUAUUUAACGAUCGUCCUGUUCAUGGCAAGGACUUCUUGGUGUCGGUCAGCGGUGAUCGACAGGUGUUGACGAUUCCAGAGACCGGUAGCACGCAUGUUGGUACGAUUUCCUGCGUGGCGGAGAACGCUGCUGGCAAGGCGAUUUGCAGUGCUCGUCUAGAUAUUGGUGGCUGGAUAGGGGAGGAAGCGAAGAAGAUUGAGGGGGCGGUUGCAGAGAAAAGAGUACUCGAAUUAGUCGAAAGAUUGCCCGCCGACGAAAUGCAUGCAGCAAGCAGCAGCGACAAACACUUCUCUUCGGAGAAGACCGAGGGUGGAAGCGAGAGUCAAGUAUUGACGAAGAUGUCACAGACGAUCACGGAAUCUUCCACCACACACACGACCACGAAGAAAGAGUACAUCUCAUCGACGACGUCCUCGACCUUGACAAAAUCUGGACAGGAACCCAGCAGCGUUAGCGUGAAGACUACCAUUCAUAGUACGGAACAGUCGUCCUCGGAGAAUGGGGCACCUCCUGUUGUGCAGUGCUACAAAGUAGAAGAACACGAAAAGAUUAUUCAAGACCAACCAGGCGAGAUUCGUCAAGAGAAAACCGUAGUGGUUUCCCAAGACGAGGAAGGAAUCAAACGAGACGUCAAAUCUGCACAAAUGUCGAAGCCAAGCAGAAAAUGUACAGCUCCGAGAUUCGUUUCGCCAAUCACAGGGAUGAUCGUGGAUCAGGGUACUGAUAUUAUCCUUGAAGGAAUCAUCGACGGGUUCCCCCAGCCAUUUAUCAGCUGGUCGAAGAAUGGACAGGAAUUGAAAACGAAGGAUGGAAUGACGAUCACGUACGCGCAUAAUCACGUUCGUUUGGAACUGAAGAACGUAAAUGUUAAGGACGCAGGACGAUACACUUGCACGGCGAGCAACGAAGUCGGUUCUGCUAGUAGCACUGCCGAUCUUGUUGUGAAAAAAACAAUAUUCCCACCGGUGUUUGGCAGAAGAUUGCAAGCUCAGGUUGUGAAACGCGGAGACCGUGUGAAUAUGGAAGUAGAAGUCACGGGAACGCCAGAACCUACAGUUACUUGGUUCAAGGACGAUGUUCCUAUCAAAGAACGUCCACCGCAAUUGAGGAUCAAGCAGCAAGGAAAUUGUUACAUGCUACUCAUCGAUAAAGCUGAAAAAGAGCACGCUGGAAAAUACAUGGUUCGAGCAACAAAUGCCGGUGGAGAAGCUCAAAGUAUAGCUGAUUUUGCUGUCUUCGAGCCAACACCAGACACCAUGGUAGAGGUCCAUAAAACUGUCAUCUAUGAGAACGUGCAAGACAAGAAAGUUAUCCAGUCCGACGAAAAGAAGAGCGAGGUUCCCUCUAGCAAACAAUUGACAAGCGAACAAGUGACAACGACGAAAAUUCAACCAAUUCCACCAUUAAAGACAACUCCCAUCGUAUCAUCGGCGUCAAUGGCCGAGACGACCAGAACGGUGGAAAAGAUCGAGGAACCAGGAUCCAGUCUGAGUCGUUCAGAAAUGUUUUCAUCCACUGUCGAAUCUCACCAAAGUCAAUCGACAUCCGAACAAAAGUUCCACAUGAAGCUAGAGCACAAGACACCAAGCGUCACGGUAGAACCGAAGAAAGAAGAGAAAACGGUAAUAAAAGAAGUGAUUCGCGAAGAAGUAGAGAAGAAGGGCUUCGAGCCAAAAACUACAGUGGUCGAGGAGAAAACGAAAAUCGAAAACGAGAACAUCGAAACUUCGACGAUAGCCAAGAAAGACGCGUUGAGUUUCUUCGAGUCCAUGACGAAGGAAACAGAGGCAACUCCGAAAGGUCCGAAAGAGAUGAUAAAAUUGGUCGACGACGCUGAUGGUCACGAAGUCAAGGUUGGAAAGUUAACAAAAAAUUACGAAAGAUCUACUACUUUCCAAGAAGUGAAGAAACCAGAACCAAAGCCUGCGGAACUCCAAACUACGAAGAAAGCAGUGCACGAGAUAUUCACUAAAUUAGAACAGGGUAGUACAGCUUCUCGUGGAGUGGAUAACAAGCUGUUCGACUUCCCAUACGAACCCUAUAAACCACCGGUAGAGACCAAGAAGACAGUCGUGGAAGAAACAAUGUCCUCGGGAUCUUCUCUUCAAGGAUCUGUAACUAUGUCGAAAAUGGAAAGCAAAACGGAAACUAAAAUGGAGAGCAAGUCAGAAAGUUCUGAAAUAUUGAUGGAGGGUUUUAAAUUGGUACCAGAGCCUCCUCCAGAGAUUGGUUACAUGCCGAAGCCCGAAGAAUUAAAAAAAAAACGCCCUGACGUGUCCAUCAAGGCUAAACAGCUCCAAGAAUCCUUCGACAAAACCCUGUCUCCUAUAGAUGCGCCUAUCGGCGGUGUGAAGAUUUUCCCUACACCUUCUCCAAAGAUUAGCGAAGUUCCGAAAGUGGCGCCAACCUUUUCUAUGCCACCUCCGCCGUUUGAGCUCGAGAAGAAAGAAGUAAUCGAAGAACCGUGCGUCAGAAAGGAAAUUCACGAGAAGAAGGAUUACGUGUCUUCGUUCAGAACAACGUCUCCGACUAGGCCUUGGUCAUCAUCGUCCGAUGUGGAAACUAGGUCACACGUGUCUACGGAUUUGUCAGAAUACAGGUGUCAGUCAGCUGCAUCGAGUCACCAGGAGAUUCUUAGGUCCACUUCGCCUAAACCUUCGGCCGAUGGAUUGGCUAUGGAGAAAUCUUGGGCGAAGAAGUAUGCUGAUUCUACGAGAAAGUCUUGGCCCCCUCAGGAAGAGGCGAAGUUUAAACAGGAGUGGCAGACUCCUAGCGAGGAUUUCAAGAGUACGCAAAGGGAGGUUAAGAGGGAAGUGGAAGAAACUGACGGUGGAAUUAGAAAGACUAGUAUGGAGUCAUCCAGCACUACAGAGAGGCGUUCGUGGAGCUCGAAACAGGAAUCGAUGGAAAAGAUGUCGAAAAGAGCUCCGUCACCACCUAAAAUCCAACCAAUCAUUUAUAACGCUGAAACCAUCAAAGUGGAUCAUGUGGUGAAUAAAAUGGAAGAGAAAUCGUCGUACGAAAAAUACACUAGUGAAUUCGACACGAAGAAGUCAGAGAAAUCGGAGAAGAUGGAAGAGACAUAUUCAAAGAAGUGGACAGGAUCCGAUGAUCUGAAAGCUCCAGGUCUCGUCAGAAGUGUCGGGCCACCGAAAAAACCAAUGGCCCAACCGUAUCAUGUAACACCAACUCCUCCAGCUACAAAUCAGAUCAUUCUGGAACCAGGUCCUCCACCGGAAAUCGGAUAUAUUCCGGCGCCAACGGUUAAAGAGAAAAAGAUCGAGAAGCUAGAGAAGUCCUUGGAGGUGUCGUUGGAGCAUCAGCCAGCUAAAAUUCCACCCGGAGGAAUCAGAACUUUUCCUCCAGCUCCAAAAAAGGAAGAGCCACCUGCGUUGCCUCCUAAAGACGUUAGAAUGACUCCUCCUCCUAUCCCGGCUAAGACGCAAACACCUGUAGAGAGCCUAGAACCGUUUCCAUUUAAACCUUCUCCUCCAUCUGCGAUAAAGACACCAAAAGUGCCACCUCCGCCGACUCCAACGAAAUUUAUAAAAAGCAGCUUUACUCAAGAAAGUGAUUACGAAUCGGACAUGGAUAGUUUGAUGAAAGCAAAAUGGAGGCCGUACGAGAGCGACAGCGAAGAGCCACGUUAUCGAAGAGUUCAGCCACCAGUGCCUAAGCAGCCGAUUAGGCCAAGGUCAACAGAGCCUGAACCACUUCCCCCAUCUAAAUUCGAGGUACCCCCUGCAACUGUGGGUCCACCUAGACCCGUGAUCACCAAAGAGCAGCAAGAGAAAAUUUGUAAGAAGACUACGACUUUUAAAAAACAAGAGAAAGAGGUGAAACAACAACAACAGAAAUAUCAAGUGGUUCAGCCUCCACCACAGAUUGAAUUGAAGCCUGGCUCUCCUCCUAUCUAUGUUCAACCAGCCACGAAGAGUCCAACGCCGAAAAGUCCACCCGCUAAGAAGCCAGAAUCUCCGAAAUUCAAAGUGAAGACGUUCCAACAGGAAAGUGGAUACAUGGCAGAUACCGACGAGCCGUUCCAGCAGAGAAGUUCGAUUCAAUCGAUGCAGAAGAGCUUCGGAAAGCACGAAUCUUCGUCGUCCAUGACCUCUCACACGGAGUCACGCACUUCGUAUCAGGAAAGUCGAUCGGAAUAUUUCGAGAGCAAAAGUUACGAUAGCCGACAGCAGCAGCAGAAAAAGGAAUCGUUCGUGUCACCUGCUCCUUCGAAGCAGCCGACAACUCAGCCAGCCAGCGUUCAACAACGUAGCUCGUUCGUUGAAAAGAGCUACGCGUCCUCCGCGUCCCCGUCGAGAUUCAGUUCUACGAAGGAAACAAUUUACACCACGGAUCAGUCGCAGAAGAAGCUGGAAACAGCAAAGAAGAUCCUGCCACCCUCUCCGAGUCCUUCGAAAUUCGUGAAGAGCGAAUUUCGUGAAAGCGACUACGAGAGCGACUACGAUGGCAGAAUACCACCCCUUUGGAAACCGCGGGGUUACGAAAGCGACGAUCAGACUUUCAGACCCGUAAAACCAAGUCUCGCUGGUCCAGGCAAACCCAGGGAGCCUCGAACGCCGCUGAUCGAGGAAAUCUCGAAGAAGGAGCUCGAGAGAAAGGAGGAGAGAAUCGCAACAACCACUCCGACCAAGCAGAAGACGGUUCUCCUUCCUGGUUCUCCGCCAGAAAUCGCCUAUGCACCACCUCAACCAACUUACUACGAAGCUCGAUCUGGUAUGCCUUUCCACAACGCGAUCGGCACGGAAACCAAGAAAACAGUCAGAAUGGACGAAUCCACGGAGAACAGCAGAAGAAUCGUUACGGUGGAGCAGACUAGUCGAGUGAUCAAAUUUGGCGACCAGAAACCAUCGGCUGACUUCAGAAGCUUCGACACGACGCCUGAUCAACGACACAAGCCGACGUUUAAAGUGCCAACUCCAAAGAAGUUUGUCCAAGGUCAAUUUAGAGAAUCAGAUUACGAGAGCGAUAUCGAUACGAGGAUCAAACCUAAAUGGGCUCCAGCGGACAGUGACACGGAGGAACCGCAGUACAGGAAGGUUCAACCGCCUAUGAUGAAGGCGCCAAGGUCAUCGAGUGCCCCGGUUAGACACGAACACGUGGUUUCGCCGUUGGAGUUUGACACUGGGCCACCAGUGAUCAAGAGACAAACGUCGAUGACCCAGCUAAGGGACGAUAGUAGAACGAGGAGGAUCGACUCACAGAUGGAAAUGCAGAAGGAAGUUAGCUCCAGGCAGGAGGAUGUGCUGAAGCCUGGAUCACCACCAGAGUUUGGUUUUAUCUCGAGGAGCGACAUGAAGAAGGCAGCCAAUCACGUCGCGUCGCGUCACAUGAGCGACAUGACCAGCAGCUUCAAAUCGAAAACCGAGAAAUUCGUCAGCGACAUCCAGUCGGAUCUGAAGCAGGGCAAGCCGAUCCUCAAGCAUCCGAUCGAUAGCCGAGCCAGCGAUGGCGACGAGCCCAGAACUUACAGAGAGGAGUCACGACACUCGGAACAUGGAACGAAACAAAUCGACCCAGACACCGGGCUGAUAUACUUCAAGUACGACUUUGGCUACGAGUUCGGAAUCGUGCUUCCCGGGGAAGGCAAAAGAACAGUCAGCAGUACUAACAGAACGAUCCAAGGCCAACGACGAGCCAGCGACAUCGAGGUACCCAUCGUUCACGAGUUCACCACGAGGAAAGAGAACGGUUUCGCGAAGAGAAACAGUUCUACGGCGUCUUCGACGCGACAGAGCAAACCAGCUGGCAAAUUUGGCACGUCGAAGACGGUGAAAUGGGAGCCAACGUCGGAGAGCGAGUUCUCGGAGGCGGAGGACAUCAGAAACGCGAGAAAGAGGCAUCAAGAGGGAGGAAGCACGAUGGCGCCACCUAGUCUCGUUAUACCUUGUUCGCCAUCGCCAUCCAGAUGGGAUCACACGACGCCCAGUCCGAUUUCCCUGAGCCCAAGCUUACCAAGUCUCUCCCCCAGAUACAGUAGCGCUACAGGACCACCCAGCAAUGUCGACUCAGCAGGAUCACCAUGGCCAACUACUAAUGGAGUGGCCUCGAGUAAAGAAGUGAUUCAGCCUUAUCUAGAAAUACUACCGAAAAAGGCACCUCUAUUCAUCACGCCACUGAGAGAUAUCGCGGUGGUGAGCGGACAAACAGCGAGAUUCGAGUGCAUCGUUCAGGCUGAACCACAACCGAACAUCCUCUGGUCUAAGGAUGGCAGGAUCGUCGAGAAUUCAUCGUGUUACGAGAUUCAUUAUCGUAAUGGCGUUUGCCGUUUGACCAUAGUGCGAGCUUUUCCUGAGGACGCUGGCACUUACGCGUGCACUGCAACGAAUAGCUUAGGUUCGACAGUAACUUCCGCCACCUUGCAGGUGCCAGGAGUACCUUCGCCAUUCUAUGGGACAUAUCGGGACCAAAACAUCGGCGAAAGAGCGAUCGAGAGUUCGCCCAGGUACGUAGCUCUGAGGGACCUGUUUCUACCGCAAGAAAACUACGUGAAAACGACACCUAUGAAUCGUCAACAUUCGACGCGACACGAUUCCUCUGUCGCGUGCAACUUGAUCGCGGAUCGCAGUUACCCAGGUGGCAGCUAUCGCGAGAGACGAAUUACGGCGGAAGAAUGCGACCAGAUAACAGAACGAAAUGUGAUAGCGCGACAGCUCGAGUAUUCCGAUUUCGAGGCGGACGAUUCGUUUCACGAUGAUUUCUGCUUCGAUCGCGAAUAUUCCCGUUACACAUCGUCGAAACCGAGGCCACCAGACAAAGUUCAAGGGGAGAUUGUGAUGCAGACGACGCCCACGGUACCAACAUUUACCGGCAGACCCGGCGAUCCAUCGCCGCCGGUCUUCGAACAGAUCUUUAAGAACGCCAGAUUCGCGCAGGGUGGAAACGCGAUUUUCGAGGGACGCGUCCGAGGAAAUCCAAAGCCCACGGUAUCCUGGACGCACAAGGGUGCGCCGUUGUUGGAAUCAUGGAAAAUUCGAAUGUCUUACGACGAGAAGACCGGAGCGGUCACGCUUCAAAUUAACCAAAUUGGUCCUGGGGACGAGGGUGAAUACACGUGCAGUGCUAAAAAUCAAUACGGCGAAGCAAUCUGCUCCGUUUACAUUCAACCAGAAGGAUUUGGACCUCCACAACAACAACAGAUGGGUUUCAGGAAAGAAUAUGCUCAGACCUUCCAGUCCACCGAACAGAAGUCUCAAACAGGAACACAAAGUGUUCAACAACGUAGUUAUCAACAAACGAUCGAUAAACGAAGCUACGUUAACGGAACUUCCACCAGCAUCGAAGAUUUCAAGGUGGACACUUUCGAAUACAGACUGUUGCGGGAAACUGAGUUUCGAGAGUCGAUUACACGUCGUUUCGUGGGCGAAUCCGACGUGCAGAUUUCGACGGUGGUAGAUCGUAGUCUGGGACCGGUUGCACCUCCGCAAAUCACACAGAAGCCCAGAAACUCGAAGCUUGUCGAGGGAUCCGAUGCCGUUUUCACUGCGAAGAUCUCGGGAAAUCCGAAACCAAGAUUAACUUGGUUCAAAAACGGUCAGAGGAUCCGCGAAUCACAACGCGUGGAAAUGAGCCACUCGAAUCAGCAAGCUACCUUGAGGAUCAGAGUCGCCCUGCCGGAAGACAGUGGCCAUUACACUUUGCUCUCGGAAAAUCCUCAAGGUUGCACCGUCAGCUCUGCAUAUCUGGCGAUUGAAUCCAGCGAUCAAGUGGAUCAGGCCUAUCAAGCUCCAAGAGAAACGAUCAAAACUCAGCAAGUUGAAACAACUGGCGAGUCCGACUCUGGAAAAGUACUGCCGCCGAAUUUCGUUCGCACGUGCACCGAUCGCGAUGCCACCGAAGGAAAAAUGACCAGGUUUGACUGUCGCGUAACCGGCCGUCCGUAUCCCGAGGUGACAUGGUACAUAAACGGUCAGCAAGUAGUCAACGACCUGACCCACAAGAUCCUCGUGAACGAGUCUGGUAAUAAUUCAUUGAUGAUCACGAACGUGAGCCGCGCGGACGCCGGCGUCGUGACCUGUGUCGCUAGGAACAAGGCUGGCGAAACCUCGUUCCAGUGUAACUUGAACGUGAUCGAGAAAGAACAAGUUGUCGCUCCAAAAUUCGUGGAACGAUUCACAACAACGAAUGUAAAAGAGGGAGAACCGGUUGUUUUCAUGGCUCGUGCGGUUGGCACUCCUGUACCGCGUAUCACCUGGCAGAAGGAUGGAGUGCCGAUAACACCUGGACCGGAUGUGCGUAUUUCAACGGAUGGUAGCGGAGCAUCAACUUUAGAUAUACCCUACGCAAAAAUGUCAGAUGCUGCUUGGUACCAGUGUACGGCGCAGAAUGUAGCUGGCUCUACCGCCACCCGAGCACGGCUUUUCGUGGAAACACCGAAAGGAGUAGCCCCCGAACCAAGACGCCUGAACUUACCCCGACCGACGAAAGUCAUCGAACCAGAACCAGCGCCUGGCCCCGAAGUGAUUUAUUUGAGACACGUGGAACGCGCCAAGCCAUAUUUGCCUCCACCCGAGGAAGAUAGAGUUUAUCCACCACCACGUUUCAUCAUACCAUUGAAGGACGUCCAUCAGAUCGAGGGUGGACGAAUUCACUUCGAGGCCAGAAUCGAACCGGUGGGCGAUCCCACCAUGAGGGUAGAGUGGUACGUCAAUGGACGAGCUCUUGAUGCGAGUUCCCGUGCGACUUCUAUCUUCCGAUUUGGCUUCAUCUCUCUCGACUUAAUUAGCAUCGUUCUUCAAGACAGCGGUGAAUAUUUAUGCCGCGUCGUGAGUUCGACCGGAGUCGCCGAAUCUCGAGCUACCCUCAGCGUGACACCACGCGCAACAAUCGAACAGGCUAGCCAACACCCCGACAGCCUUCAAUAUAUUCAACAGCUCGAGGAUUACAGCAAGUAUCAAAGGCAGGAGAGUGUGGAGGAGAUCUCUUCACAGCGGCCGGCCUUCAUCCGACCACUCCAGGAUCUAGGAGAGCUACAGGAAGGUCGUAACGCUCAUUUCGAAGCGCAACUGACACCUGUAAGCGAUCCCACGAUGAAAGUGGAGUGGUACAAGGAUGGCAGGCCAAUCACAGCUAGCUCAAGAAUCACAACCAUCUUCAACUUCGGGUACGUCUCGCUCAAUAUAUUGCACCUACGAGCUGAAGAUGCCGGUUCUUAUACUGUCAGAGCUGUGAACCGCUUGGGAGAGGCCGUCAGCUCCGCGUCUCUUCGUGUCUUUGCACGCACAAGCGUUACUACUGAUCUGGGAAUCCCCGAGCAACAAAGGUAUAUCGAGGCUGCCGAGGAAUUGGAAGCCUAUCAACAGGCUAUGCACCAGAAAUACGUACAGCAACAGCCUGAACCGACUAGCCCACCGGAAUUCAAAUCUCCUAUCAAGGAUCAAAACAACAUACGAGAAGGCGGAUUUGCUCAUUUCGAAGCACGUCUAGAACCAGUCGGCGAUUCUGACUUGAGAGUCGAAUGGCUCAAGGACGGACGCCCUGUAGAAGCAAGUUCACGGAUCACGACAUUCUUCAACUUCGGUUACGUGGCAUUGACCAUCAAAUACGUAACGAUUCACGACGUUGGUAUAUACACUUGCCGCGCGUACAACCGCGUCGGUGAAGCACAUACAACCGCUCAAUUGAGCGUCAUCAGCAAAAACGAUGUCAUCUAUGACAGUCAACAUCCGACCGGACUUCAGAAGAUUCAAACUUUGGAAGAUUCCAGCAGAUAUUCGCGACAGGUUCAAGAAGAAACACAAGUAACUCAGGCACCACGAUUUUUGGGCAAUCUGAAGGGUACUAACAAGAUCGUUGAAGGUCAACGUGCUCAUUUCGAGGCUCGUGUGGAACCUCAGAGCGAUUUAACUAUGACCAUCGAAUGGUACCACAACGGAAAAUCUAUCACUGCUGCAAAUAGAAUUCAAACAUAUCACGACUUUGGAUACGUGGCUAUAGAUAUUCUUCAGGUUAGACCUGAGGACGCUGGUACUUACACUGUGGUCGCUAGAAAUGCUCUUGGAGAAGCUAAAUUGUCCGCCACGAUGAUCGUGGAGACACGCUCAAGCGUCGAUACCAGCAGUAUGCAUCGCACUUCCUACGAGAAGACUCAGCGUCUCGAAGAAUCGAAAUUCGUCGAGCCCCAAUAUCACAUCGAGGAAAUUUCAAAAUCAAAGCCAAUAUUCGUGCAGCCAUUGAGCGAUCCUAAGCCAGUGAGCGAAGGCAAGAACAUUCAUUUGGAAUGCCGUUUGGAACCCAUGGGCGAUCCAACGAUGAGAGUCGAAUGGUUCCAAAAUGGUCGUCCAGUUACCGUUGGCUCCAGAUUUAGAACUUACUACGAUUUUGGUUUCGUCGCUUUGGAUAUCGUGCAUUCGACAAUCCUCGACUCUGGCGAAUAUACUGUCAGAGCCACCAAUCAUCUUGGCACUGCUCAUACCUCAGCCUGCGUCAGAGUAAUCGGAAAGUCUGAUGUUGUUACCGAAACUCAGCACGAGCAAUCGCUCGAACAGAUUCAAAUGCUGGAAGAUUCAUCGAGAUAUCGCAAGACCCAGCAAGAAGAAGUGACAGUGAUGCAGCCCCCGCAAUUCACUCGUCCUUUGCACAACAUCGAAACGGUGGAACUGACCAACGUUCACCUCGAGUGUCGUCUUCAGCCAGUUGGCGACGCCAGCAUGAAAGUGGAAUGGUUCGUCAAUGGCAGACCAGUGAAAACUGGCCACAGAUUCAGACCAUCUUACGAAUUCGACUACGUCGCCCUUGACAUCUUGGGUGUUUAUCCUGAAGAUUCAGGCGUGUACACCUGCCAAGCUAGAAAUCAACUGGGAGAAGCCGUCACUUCUUGUUCAGUGAGAGUACACGCUAAGAAAGAUUUACUCCUGGAGUCUCAGCAUCCUGAAGGUUUGGAAAGAAUACAAUACUUGGAAGAUGCUUCCAGAUACAAGAGACAGGAACUGGUUGACGAAGUGGUCAAUGUUAAACCGAGAUUCAUCACGGCUCCGAAAAAUCAAGAGAAUCUUCGUGAGGGACAACACGCUCAUUUCGAGUGCAAACUGGAACCUGUAACGGACUCGAACUUGAAAGUUGAAUGGUUCAAGAACGGUCGUCCGGUUACAAUAGGACACCGAUUCCGUCCAAUUCACGAUUUUGGCUACGUUGCUCUGGAUGUAAUCGACUUAAUCGCCGAGGACUCGGGUACCUACACGUGUCGCGCUGUCAAUCUGGUUGGCAGCGACGAAGUGUCUUGCACUUUAACUUGUCGAUCAACCGCGCAAGUUCUGACAGACACUCAGAACGAGAUUGGCCUGGAACAAAUUCAUUACCUCGAAGAUAGAUCGAGAUACCAACGCCGAGAAGAUAUCGAAGAGACAACCACUCAAGCUCCAAUUUUCACCACCUCCUUGAACAACGUUGAGAUCAAAGAAGGUCAAAGAGCACACUUUGAGUGCAGGUUGAUCCCUGUGUCUGAUGUAACGAUGAAAGUCGAAUGGUUCCAUAAUAAUAAGCCUGUGAAAGCUGGCUCAAGAUUCGUCGAGACUAAUAGCUUUGGUUUCGUGGCCUUGGAUAUCAUGUACGCCUAUCCUGAAGACUCUGGUACUUACACCUGCCGAGCGAAGAAUAUCAUAGGAGAGGCGAUUACAUCCGCAACUGCAGUUGUGCACUCGAAAAAGUCAAUUUACACGGAAAGCCAAAAUGAAGAGACACUUCAACGUCUUCAUUACCUGGAGGAUACCUCGAGAUACCAACGUAAAACUACGACCGAGGAAAUCGUUACUCAAGCACCAGUUUUCACGAUGCCGAUCAAGGACCUGAAAGUCGCUGAAAAUCAAGCGGCUCAUUUCGAAGCUCGAGUGAUACCUGUCGGCGAUUCAAAGCUCAAAGUCGAAUGGUUGCGAAAUGGAGUUCCCAUAGCAGCUUCUAAUCGCGUGACAACGAUGCACGAUUUCGGAUACGUCGCUCUAAACAUGAAAUACGUGAACCCUGAAGACUCAGGUACCUACACUUGCCGUGCAGUAAAUGAUCUUGGAGAGGCUGUAACAUCAGCGACACUUUUCGUCCAGUCCAAGGCGGCCCUGCAAUUCGAGUCGCAGCACGAGAGCGCGUUGUCGAAGAUCCAGGCGCUGGAGGACACCAGCAGGUAUCAACGACGCGAAGAAGAAGAGAUCGUGGUAAAGGAGAAACCAUCGUUCACGGUCCAACUAAACGGACCUACCAGCUUGGUCGAGGGACAAAGCGCACACUAUGAGUGCCGUAUCGAACCCUAUCCCGAUCCAACUAUGAAGGUGGAAUGGUUCCACAAUGGGAAACCAUUAUCCACCGGUCACAGGUACAGAACGACUUGUGACUUUGGAUUCGCUGCGUUGGACGUGCUCACGGUAUAUGCUGAAGAUUCUGGCACCUAUACCUGCCAGGCCACCAAUAGACUGGGAUCGGCGAAGAGCUCGAUUAAUCUUGACGUGAAAUCUCGCUCCUCGAUUAUUCGCGAAACUCAACACGAAAGUGCCCUGAAGAAAAUACAGUAUCUAGAAGACGACUCGCGUUAUAAACGCGUAGACGAAGAGGACUUGAUCAUCGCCGAGAAACCGAAAUUCGGUCGUCCAUUGAAGAACAUCGAACAUCUGCCUGAAGGCAAAAGCGCUCAUCUCGAGGCGACUCUAACGCCUGUCAACGACCCCACUAUGGUGGUUGAAUGGUACAGAGAUGGCAGACCGAUUCCUCAAGGACAUAAAUUCAAGACUACCUAUGACUUUGGUUACGUGGCUCUCGACAUUCUUUAUGCCUAUCCGGAAGACUCUGGAACUUACAUGUGCAAGGCGAGGAACGCUGUCGGCGAGGCUGUUACCACUUGCGUCAUCAGCGUUGACUCGAAACAAGGCCUGUAUUUGGACACGUUAGACGCUCAGCGUUUGCAGAAGAUUCGCGAGCUAGAGACUGUAGAAGUGAAGAAAGAGAUCGAAAAAGAGGUUGUACACCAGAAGCCUGUUUUCCUAACGCCAUUGAACAACCUGGAUCUAAAGGAGGGCGAACACGCUCACUUGGAAUGCCGCGUCGAACCCAUCAACGACCCAAAUCUAAAGAUAGAAUGGUUCGUAAAUGGAGUUGCUGUAAGAACAGGACAUCGCUUCCGCAAAACACACGACUUUGGUUAUGUGGCUCUUGAUAUUCUUUAUACAUAUGCCGAGGACUCUGGUACCUACAUGUGCAAGGCUACCAAUUUAGCUGGCGAGGCUGUCAACACCUGCACCAUCAAAGUUGGCUCUCGCCGCAGUAUUCUCCUGGACACUCAACAUCCAGAUGGCCUCGAGAAGAUUCGUGAACUCGAGGCACAAGGACGUCCAGCCCGUUUGGAAGUUGAAGAACCACCAGUGACACCACCAAGAUUCGUCACUGAACUCAGGGGUACCACCGAAGUAUACGAAGGACAAACAGCCCAUUUCGAGUGUCAAGUUGAGCCUCUCCACGACGCCAACUUGAGGAUCGAAUUCUUCCACAAUGGCAAGCCGCUUCCAUCUGCCUCCAGGUUCCACGUGACCUUUGACUUUGGAUAUGUGGCUCUUGAUAUCGGCCAUGCUGUUCCCGAAGACGCAGGAGAAUAUUCCGUACGAGCUAUCAAUGCUCUUGGCCAAUGCGUAUCCUCGAUCGAGCUGAGGGUUAUUCCAAGGGACAGCAUUAUUCUGGACUCGCAACGUCCUGAAGGAAUGGACAAGAUUCGUGAAUUGGAAGCUCAACAGCCUUGGAAGAGACCAGACGUACCAGAACCACAAACUAGACAAAGACCAGUCUUUACUCAACCGUUGCAAAAUAUCGACGCUAUUCCCGAAGGACACACUGCUCAUUUCGAGUGCAGAUUGAUUCCUGUAGGAGAUCCAACGUUGAAGGUUGAAUGGUUCAGAAAUGAAAUCCCACUUGAGACAAGUUCAAGAAUCACCAAAGUCCAUGAUUUCGGCUAUGUCUCGCUGGACAUCUCCCACGUGAGAGAAGAGGACGAAGGCGUGUACAUGUGCCGUGCGUCCAACCCACUCGGUGAAGCAGUUACCACUGCUUCGAUGAAGAUCAAGAGUAAGGCAAGCAUUCAAUUAGAUACCCAACACCCUGAAGCGCAACGUAAGAUCGCCCAACUUGAAGCUGAUAAAGGACCAAGUCGUCCUGAAGAACCAGAAAAGGUAUUCGAUAAACCUAUCUUCACACAAUUGUUAACUGGACCCACGGAACUUUGGGAAGGCCAGAUGGCUAGAUACGAAUGCAGAGUCGUUCCAGUUGGCGAUGCCAGUUUGAGAUUCGAGUGGUACAUUAAUGGAGUCGAACUAAAAAUGGGAUCUCGGUUCCACGUGAGUCACGAUUUCGGCUACGUGACCCUGGACAUCCUGAAAGUAAUCUCGGAGGAUUCCGGUGUAUACACUUGCAAAGCCAUCAACAAAUCCGGCGAGGCAGUUUCCUCGAUUUCGCUGAAGGUGAAAGCGCGCUCAGCUAUCGAUGCCGAAAGUCUUCAGCCAGAUGCUUGGCAGAAGAUCCAACUGAAAGAAGCGGAGAUGAACAAAGUACCGGAAAUGUUCGUCGACACGACGCCUCAACAGGCUCCAGUCUUCACCAAACACCUCGAAAGCCACGACAGACUCGUGGAAGGUCAACAUGUAUACUUGGAAGCUCAAGUAGAGCCAAGAGCAGAUCCAAAUCUUCGCGUUGAGUGGUUCAAAAACGGGGUGUCUCUUCAAACUGGAACCAGACUUCGUAGUACCUUCGAUUUUGGCCUUGUUACACUAUCUAUCAAUGGUUUAAGACCCGACGAUUCCGCCAUUUACACUUGUAAAGCCACGAAUCUACUUGGAGAGGCUGUGUCUACUUGCAGUUUGAAGAUCGUCGAUCGUCAUUGGUUACUUGGUGACACUCUUCAUCCCGAUGCUCUUCCAAAGAUCGACGCCUUGGAGCAACCUCAUGUCACCUCAACAGAACAACCAGAACCUAUUUACGAGGAACCAGUGUUCAUCACUCAUCUGAACAACGUUGAAUGCGUAGAAGGUGACAACGUGCACUUUGAAUGUAACGUUGAACCAUCAAAAGAUCCAACGAUGAAGAUCGAAUGGUUCAUCAACGGUAAACCUCUUCCAACUGGAGCAAGAUUCAAGUCGACUUAUGACUUUGGUUAUGUAGCUUUGGAUAUUACUCAUGCUUACGAGGAAGAUUCUGGAGUGGUCAUUGUUAAGGCUACCAAUUCGAAGGGAUCAGCUCAGACGUCAGGAACUCUCAAAUGCACCAGCAAACAGAACAUCUAUCUGCAGACGCAGCAUCCUCAAGGAGAGGCUGGCUUAGAGAAAGUUAAAGAAGCUGAAGAUGCUUAUUUGUCGAAAUAUAGGAGGCCAGACGCUGGACCAGAACAAGAAUAUCCUAAACCGAUCUGGACAGUGCCCUUGCAGCCGGAAUUCAAAUUGGGCGAGUCUGAACCUCUUCAUUUGGAGGGUCAGGUAGAGCCCAAGGACGAUCCAAACUUGAAGAUCGAGUGGUACUUCAAUGGAAAAGCUCUGGAACAUGGAUCCAGGUUUAAGAUGACCAGCGAUUUUGGAUUCGUCACUUUGGACUUGACAGAUGUCUAUGAUCGUGAUUCUGGAAUUUACACUUGCAAGGCAUACAACAAAGCUGGAGAAGCUUUCACUUCAACAACGAUCUACUGUACGACUAAGGAGAAUAUCAUCGAAAGAUCGCAGCAUCCCAAAGGUAAGGAAGGUUUGGAAGCAAUCCAGGACCUCGAAGAAUCGCUGAAACGACAGGAAGGAGCCCCACCAGAGAGUGAAGAAGGUCAUCCACCUGUGUUCACAUCUCAAUUCGAGAAUCUGACUAACCUAUCCGAAGGAGAAAUCGCUCACUUCGAAGCUUCGCUCACGCCAACUAGUGAUCAAACUAUGGUAGUCGAGUGGUUCUACAAUGGCAAGGUCUUGGACGCCAGUCAUCGCAUAAGAACAGUCUAUGCCUUUGGAAUGGUGGUUCUCGAGGUUCUUGGAACCAAGAUAGAGGACUCCGGCACCUACUCUUGCAGGGCUACCAACAAAUGGGGCCGCGCCGAGAUCAGCGUGGAAUUAGAAUGCGUGGAUAAAUCAAAAGGACAGAAACCCAAAUUUACAACUCAUAUUCAAUCACUGGAAGGUCUAAAGGAUGGCCAGUCUGCUCACUUCGAGUGUACUUUAAUUCCAGUUGGAGAUCCUCAUAUGAAAGUAGAAUGGUUCCACAAUGGCCAACCUUUGAGGCAUUCGUCCAGAUUCAAGAUGGUAUCCGAUUUUGGAUUUGUUGUGAUGGAUAUCGCUGGCGUGAUGGCCCACGAUACUGGAGAGUACGUAUGCAAGGCUAGCAACAAAUAUGGCGAAGAUUACACUAAAGCAACUCUGAAAUGCUUUGGAAAGAGCGGAGUAUAUCUUGAUUCGUUGCAACCAGAUUCUCUCGCUAGAAUCAGAGAACUGGAGAGUUAUGGUGGUGAACAACCUGCCACGCCAACGACUCCAGUUGCAGAGCCACCUAAGUUCAUCACGCAAAUUUCUGACAUCACGAAAUUGGUUGAAGGACAAUCUGCUCACUUUGAAGCUAGACUGACGCCUGUAAAUGAUCCAGAUCUGAAGGUCGAGUGGUAUUACAAUGGAAAGAAAUUACCUCAUGGGCACAGAUACAGAACCUUCCACGACUUUGGCAUUGUCAUUUUGGAUAUAUUGUACUGUUACGAAGAGAAUUCUGGAGUUUACGAGUGCAGAGCUUUCAAUAAGUAUGGAGAAGACACGACUAAGGCGACCUUGAAAUGUUAUUCGAAAUCGAGUCUCAUUUUGGAAAGUCAGCUUCCUAAAGGAAUGGAAGGUGGAUUGGAGAAGAUUCAGACUUUGGAGGACUCGAUGAUUCGCACUAAAGACGAAAAGAUCGUGGAGGAACGAGGAAAGGCACCAGUGUUCACUGUACCUUUGAGCAACAUCGACGGCCUUCGCGAGGGCGAGAGCGCGCACUUUGAAGCUAGACUUACACCUACCGACGAUCCAAAAUUAAAGGUCGAAUGGUUCUGGAACGGAAAACCUUUGCGGACCGGUACUCGUUUCCGCACCUUCUGCGACUUCGGCUUCGUGAUUCUCGAAAUUUCGCCGAUCUAUCCAGAAGACUCCGGCGAAUACAGCUGCCGAGCAACAAACGACUACGGCGAAGCUGUAACCACGUGCACGAUGAAGUGUACUGGAAAACGAAGCAUCAUUCUGGAAUCUCAACUGCCAAAAGGAAUGGAAGGCACGAUAGAUAAAAUCGCCGAACUGGAAGGUCUUGGAAACGAGCCUGGUAUUGCAACUCCGGACGACGAUACCGGAAAACCACCGGAAUUCAUCACGACACCAUCCGAUUUGACUCUAACCGAGAAUUCCUUGGCGCACUUCGAAUGCAGAUUAACACCGAUCAACGACUCCAGCAUGAGAGUAGAAUGGUUCCACAAUGGAAAGCCUCUGUUGGCCGGAACCAGGAUCAAAACCAUCCACGACUUUGGAUUUGUGAUUUUGGAAGUAGCCAAUUGCUACCAACGAGACUCUGGUUUAUAUACAUGCAAAGCAACGAAUCGUCACGGUGAAGCUACUGUGUCAUGCAAACUUCAAGUUCGUGGACGUCAAGGAAUUAUCUUGGAGCCUCAGUUGCCAAGCAACUUUAAGACUGGAACAGAGAGUAUUCAGAAAUUGGAAGAGGCUUUGUACAAGAAGGACGAGAUACUGACCGAGGAAGAAACACCUAAUCCUCCUAAAUUUACCGUGGAAUUGAAGGAUAUCGAAGUAGAGGAAGGAGCAUCCAGUCACUUUGACUGCAGAGUCGAACCUGUGGGCGAUUCUACCAUGCGUAUCGAUUGGUUCCAUAACGGAAGAUCGUUCGCUACCGGAUCUCGUGUACACCAGAUUAACGACUUUGGAUUCAUUUCGUUGGACAUGUCGUACACCUAUGCCAGAGAUAGUGGAGAGUACGUUUGCAGAGCUACGAACAAGUGGGGAUCUGCUACUACCAAAGCUACAAUAACGUGCAAAUCUAAGAAAACCAUAGAUUUCGACUCGCAGUUGCCCUCGGGCAUGAGCGGCGAGAAGCUGAAAGAAUUAGAACGUGGUCCAGUAAGCGAGCCACCUGCUGAAGAGCCACCACGUCAACCACCAAGGUUUAUUACGCAGAUUCAAUCAGCAACCGUUGACGAGUCUGAACCAGUUAGGUUCGAAUGUCGCGUGGAACCAAAAGACGACCCAAAUCUACGCAUAGAGUGGUACAGAAAUGGAAAAUUGAUCCCAGCUGGACACAGAUACAGAACAAUGUACGAUAUGGGAUUCGUGUCUAUGGAUAUCUUGUACGUUUACCCUGAGGAUUCGGGAGAAUACGUGUGCAAAGCUAUUAACGAUCUUGGCGAGGACACUACCAGGGCAUCGGUAUCAUGCAAAAAGUUGCCCAACAUCAUCCUACAGAACCAAGUGCCAAAGGGUAUGAAAAAGUCGGAAGCGUUGAUGCAAAUGGAAGCCACCAUCAAGAAAUACACUUCGGAAGUUCACCUUACAGAGGACGAUCUCUACGACGCGGAUAAGAAACAACCACCACGUUUCGUCACUCAGAUCCAAGACCAAACCGAGCUGGUUGAAAUGAACAGCACAAAGUUCGAGUGCCAAUUGGCACCUGUCGGUGAUCCGAACAUGAAGGUCGAAUGGUUCUUCAAUGGCAAACCUUUGCCACACAAGAACAGAUUCACUCCAAUUUACGACUUUGGUUACGUGGCGAUGAACUUUGGAUGGGUAUAUCCUGAAGACAGCGGAGAAUAUCUAUGCAGAGCCACGAAUCUUUACGGAAUGGACGAAACACGAGCGGUGAUCCGAACGGCUGGCAAGCCUGGAAUUAUUUACGAGUCGCAACUACCAAAGGGCAUGAAGAGUAUCGAGAAGAUCAGGGAGAUGGAAGCUGCAUGGCAAAUAGUACCUGAGGAAGAGGGCGAAGAGGAGAAGGUGCGUGCACCUCCAACGUUCGUCAGCAAACCUGAACCGGUAACCGUCGAAGAGGGUGAUUGGUCCAGAUUCUGUUGUCGUGUCACAGGUCACCCGAGACCGCGAGUCAUGUGGAUCAUCAAUGGACAUACUGUGGUCAAUGGAUCACGGUACAAACUAACGUACGACGGUAUGUACCAUCUUGACAUCCCCAAGACGAGGCAAUACGAUCAUGGAAAGGUGGAAGUGAUCGCGAGAAGUUCCGUAGGCGAGUCACGAACCGAAACCACCCUAACAGUAAAACCAAGGAGCGACGAUUAUCGUGGUGUACUGAAAAAUUCACCAAGACCUUGGUAUGAUUACGGAUUGACCCAAUACCAAUCGGAGCGACAGAACACAGAGCUCGAGAAAGUUUUCGACGAAAGACACCAUAACAUCUCUCAAGGCAUCGAGAUCGCCACGGAACACCUUGGACAGAAAGUUUUCAAGGAACCAGAGACAGAAUGGCAAAAGUCUGUGAAGAGCAAAAAGAACGAGGAUUAUUACAACAAGCUCAUGACUCUGGAGGAAGAACAGGUGCUGAAGGAGAGUAGGCUGAGAGAAUCUAGCCAUCAAUUUGCUAUUCCUGGUGAAAAAGUUGUCUCUCAUUCUGUGGCGAAGGGAAUGGCCCAACAGUAUGAGGAAACCUUGGAAGACAAAAAGGAGGAAAGAAUCGAAGACACCACCACACAGACAACUACCAAAUUCGUGAAGAAACCACAUACAACGGAGGUGGACAUCGACGUGGAGCGAAUGAAAUCCACUGGAAAAUAUCCUCCAGAACCAUCAGAAUCCACGGUUCACGGUCGUGAAGUGCACGUGGCCAAGCAGAAGCAAAUACAGAAAGAGGUCAAAGGAGACUUGGAGAUCACCAGAAAGAUAACCGCCACGGAAACCACAGAAGUGGAGCACAAAGCCAAGACCCAGGAGCGUGUUGUUCAAGGUCCAAUGAAACCAGCCACGCCACCAGUCUUCACGAAGAAGAUUCAACCUUGCAGAGCGUUCGAGCAAGAGCAAGCUCGAUUCGAAGUGGAAUUCGACGGUGAUCCAUUGCCAACCAUCAAAUGGUACCGCGAAGAUUUCCCCAUUCAGAAUUCUUCGGAUCUUCAGAUUUAUACGUUCAGCACGAAAUCGGUGCUGAUCGUUCGACAAGUGUUCAUGGAAGAUUCUGGAGUGUUCUCUGUCAUCGCUGAGAAUCGUGGCGGAAAGGCGAAAUGCAGCGCCAAUCUGGUGGUCGAAGAACGAAGAAGACAACCUGGUAGAGGAGGAGUGAUACCACCUAGUUUCCUGUCUACCAUUCAGAACACCUCGGUCACUACUGGUCAACUGGCCAGAUUCGACGCCAAAGUGACUGGAACUAAGCCUUUGGAUGUUUAUUGGUUGAAGAAUGGCAAGAAAGUGACGGCAGAUAUUCGUUACAAGACACUCGAGGAAGAUAAUACUUACACGUUGCUGAUUUUGGAGACAGUGCCAGAAGAUUCAGGCAAAUAUGAGUGUGUCGCGAUAAACAGUGCCGGAGAGGCACGUUGCGACGCUGAAUGUACAGUUCGUGGACCUCAAUCGCCCGCCAAGACGGCGAAACCGACGACACCUGGCGUCGAAAAGGCGCCCACGGUUUUGGAACCAUUGAGAGAUCAAACUAUCAGAGAGGGAACAUCCGUCGCCUUUGCGUGCAGGAUCACCGGAAAACCGGUGCCCACGGUACAAUGGAAAAAAGGCGACAAGGUCAUCAAACCAUCCAAGUACUUCCAAAUGCAGAAGGAAGGUGACCUCUGUACCCUGAGGAUCUCUGAAGCUUUCCCCGAAGAUGAGGGCGUCUAUAAAUGCAUCGCCAAGAAUCCAGCUGGUGAUGUAACUACUUCGGCCAAUCUCAGAGUUCUUGCACCCGACGCAGCUGACGUUCUCCCCAAACUGACGCCACUGAAAGAUCAAACAGUUCUAGAAGGACAACCGGCACAGUUCAAGACUCAAGUUACUCCAGCUAAACCAAAGCCGACGAUCCAAUGGUAUCGCGAAGGUGCCCUAAUCCCUCAGUCACCUGACUUCCAGAUGAUUCACGAAGGCAAUAACGCCGUGCUGCUGAUAGCGACCACCUACGAAGAAGACACUGGCACCUUCACCUGCCGAGCUACCACGUCAGCCGGCACCGUAGAAACCUCCGCCAAACUCAUCGUCAAAAAGAGAAAAGGAGCGUAUUACGAAGUUCCUGCAGAAACGGGACCAGGCGCGAAAACCGGCGUGAAACCAUCGAUAGGUCUUGGUACGGGCAAGGACAUUGUCCUUGAACCGUUACCUUUAGACGAGAAUGGAUUGCCACUCGAAAUACCCUUACAACCAGGGGAUGAAUCGUUACCUUGGAGAAAGGGACGAGUUCAUCAUCGACCUCGACUUGGCGACGUGACGCCAUGGCGAAAAGUGAAACCGAAAUCUCGUGACACAUCUUUGGACAAAUUACAAGGGACAGAGUCCCAAGUUAAGCCUUGGACCGAAGAAGCUAUAGUAUUAAAGAAAACUCCACAGAUACCUCGCGAAACACCGAAAGAAAAAUUGGAGGAAGUUGAAUUAAAACCAGCGAAAAUCGAGAAAAAAGAAAUUAGAAGAGCUAGCCUGGAAGCUGUUGACUUGAAACAUGUUACGAAAGAAGUAACGAAGGAUGUGAGGACUGAAGAGAAGAUUGCUCGGCUGGAAGAGACUACAGCAGAGACUUAUGUAGAAGAAGAGGACUCUAGAUUUAUUAAAACCACGAAGAAAGUGGACGAGACUGUUCAAAAGAGAAAAGAAGAGACUAAACCUUGGACCGAAGAGAAGGUUACAUUGAAGAAAGCAAAACCUGACAGGAAAGAGAUUCCUAGAGAGACUAUAGAAACUGUGGAACUGAAACCUUCGCGGAUCGUCAAGAAGGAUAUUGAGAAACCUACCUUGGAAAAAGUAGAUCUGAAAUCUGUUCCAACAACUGUGACUGAGAAAGUUACUGAAGAAAUUAUUUCGAAAACUGAUUACCUUGAACAGGAAGAUACGUCCAUGUUGGACGUGUCCAGAACCGAAGAGGUCAGAAAAAUAAAGAAGGAGAAGAUUGAAGAGAAGGUAGAACAGGCGAAGCCAUGGACGGAAGAAAAGAUCACCUUGAAGAAAUCUAAACCUAUAAGAAAAGAAGUUGAGAAAGAAACUAUAGAGACUGUGGAACUGAAGCCAUCCAAGGUGGAGAAACUUCCGAUUCGAAAGCCGAGUGUGGAGAAGGUGGACUUGAAGCCUAUUCCAACGACAGUGACUGAAAAAGUCACUGAGAAAAUCACUGAAAAGACUGAAUACCUUGAACAGGAAGACACUUCUUUAUUAGACGUAUCGAAGACUGAAGAACUGAAGAAAUUGAGGAAAGAGAAGAUAGAAGAGAAGCCAGAAGGGCCUAAACCUUGGACCGAAGAGAAGGUGACGUUGAAGAAAGCGAAACCUGUGAAGAAAGAGGUUGAAAAGGAAACUAUAGAAACGGUAGAGUUGAAACCAUCAAAGAUUAUAAAAUCUGCGGUACGAAAAGAAAGUCUGGAAACAGUGGAUCUUAAAUCAGUCGCGAAAGAAAUCACAGAGAAGACAGUGAAAGAAGUCGUACACAAGACUGAUUACGUAGAACAGGAAGACACAACGUUGCUUGAUGUUACCAAAGACACUCGAGUGAAGAAACUCAGAAAAGAGUCGAUUUCAACGGAGAAGGUUGAGCAACUUAAACCUUGGACUGAUGAGAAAAUAACUUUGAAGAGAACUAAACCUGACAAGAAAGAAAUACCCAAAGAACAAAUAGAGACAGUAGAAUUAAAACCUUCCAGACCAGAAAAGGGAGAAAUUGAGAAACCAAGUCUUGAAGCAGUGGAUUUGAAACCAAUUCCCAAGAAGGAAGUAAAAGAAGUAUCUAAAAAGCUUGAAAGAAAAGACGUGCUCACUGAAGAGGAAGACACAACCCUUCUUCAAGUCUCCAAAGACACAGAAACUACGGUCAAAGUUGAUAAACAGGUCAAGAGGAUAGAAGAAGUUGAAAAGAAACCGGAAACUAAACCUUGGACUGAGGAGAAAAUAACUUUGAAGAAGACUAAAGUUGAGCAAAAAGAAAUUCGUAGAGAAAGUCUGGAAGAAGUCACGUUGAAACCGACGAAAACGGAGAAGAGAGAAAUUAAGAAGGAAACUAUAGACAAAGUAGAUUUGCAGAAGGUGACAGAUAAGACACAAUUCGUCGAAGAAGAAGAUACAAAGCUAUUAAAGAUCGACAAAGAAGAGAAAGUCGAGGAAGAGAAAACAGAAAAGGUAAAAACUUGGAGAAAAGAAAGGAAACCAAAAGAAAAAGCGCCAUACCAGGAAGAAGAAGAUAAAACGAUCUUGGAUGUGAAGAAAGACAUCGAGUCUGAGGAAAAACUGAAAGAAGUGCCAGUUCCUUGGGCCAGAGGUAAAAAGAAACCUACAGAAAAGAUUCCUUAUCACGAAGAAGAGGAUACUACUCUUCUCGACGUCGAAAAGACUGAAAAGACGACUGAAAAACAGGCAAAAGAAGAAGUGCCGGUGCCAUGGAUACGAGGGAAGAAGCCGAAGGAAGAGAAGCCGGAAGUUCCGCAAAAAGUUCAGCCUGAAGAAGAAGUGCCUGUUCCAUGGGUACGAGGAAAGAAGCUGAAGGAAGAGAAGCCGGAAGUUCCGCAGAAAGUUCAGCCUGAAGAAGAAGUACCUGUUCCAUGGGUACGAGGAAAGAAACUGAAGGAAGAGAAGCCGGAAGUUCCGCAGAAACUUCAUCCACAAGUUCAACCUGAAGAGAAACCAGAGGAAGAAAAAGAGAAAUUGGAAAAGGUCCCAUGGCUUCGAGACAAGAAGGUUCCACGGAAGAUACCAGAAAGGAAAGAAGAACAGGUUGAAGAUAUAAGAUCAGUUGUAUUGAAGCCUACCAGACGUGAACGUGUACCAGAAGAACAGGAGAAACCGGAAGAAGUGACGCUGAAGCCUGUCAAACGCAUUCCACUUGAAGAAGAAAAGAAGGAGGAAGUGCAACUAAAACCCAUUCCGAAACGAAAGCCCGAAGAAAAGCCGAAAGAAGAGAUCAAAUUGAAGCCAUUCCAAAAACCGAAACCGGAAGAGGAUAAACGAGAGAAACCAGAACUGAAACCACUUGAAAAACUUAAACCUGAAGCCCCAAAAGAAGAAGUGCAGGUAAAACCGCUGAAACCGAAAGAAGAAGAAAUCAAAGAAACUGAAGAAACGACAUGGCAUAGAAAAGUGAAACCCAAGAAACCGGUAGUUCCUGAAGAAAAAAUAAUCGACAAGGAGGAAGAGAAGAUUUCAGAGAAAGUAACUGAAGAGAAGAAGAUUAUAGAUGAAAAGGUAGUCAAGAAAGAGGAAGAAAGCAUCGGCGACUUUAAGUCGGUGGCUUUAAAACCGGUUAAACGAGGGAAGAAGCCUCAAGAAAGUGAAGACGUUACGAAGGAAAUAAAAGAGGCCGAAAUUGAAGACUUUACAGCUGUUGUAUUAAAACCUACGAGGAAAGAGAGGAAGCCAGAAGAAAAGGUAGGAACAGAGGAAGUAACGUUGAAACCAAUUCAGAAAAUUCCCAAAGAGAAAGAAACACCUGAAGAAAUAACGCUCAAACCAGUGGAGAAGCCUAAAGCAGUAGAGAAUGGAGAAGUUUUGGAAAAGAGGACUGAAUUGCAAUGGCAACCUGCAAAGAAACCAGCUAAGAAAAUAGUAGCAGAGGAGGAGAAACCAGAAGAAAUGACAUUGAAACCUGUCAAGCGUCUUCCCAAGGAAGAAGAGGAAAAGGAAGAAGUUACUUUGAAACCAAUUAAGAAAGAAAAACCAGAGGAGAAGAAACCAGAAGUUACGUUAAAACCUGUUAGGCGACUUCCCAAAGAAGUGGAAGAGAAGCCUGAAGAAGUAACGUUAAAACCUGUGAAGCGUCUUCCUAAAGAAGAGGUGGAGAAGGAAGAAAUUACUUUGAAACCAAUUAAGAGAGAGAAACCGGAAGAAGAAAAANCAGAAGUUACGUUAAAACCUGUUAGGCGACUUCCCAAAGAAGUGGAAGAGAAGCCUGAAGAAGUGACGUUAAAACCUGUGAAACGUCUUCCUAAGGAAGAGGUGGAGAAGGAAGAAAUUACUUUGAAACCAAUUAAGAGAGAGAAACCGGAAGAAGAAAAACCAGAAGUUACGUUAAAACCUGUUAGGCGACUUCCCAAGGAAGUAGAGGAAAAACCGGAAGAAGUGACAUUGAAACCUGUCAAGCGUCUUCCUAAGGAAGAAGUGGAGAAGGAAGAAGUUACUCUGAAACCAAUUAAGAAAGAGAAACCAGAAGAGGAAAAACCUGAAAUUAAAUUGAAACCUGUCAAACAUUUAAAGAAACCAGAAGAAGAAAAGCCUGAAGAGAUAACAUUGAAGCCAGUUAAACGUCUUCCUAAAGAAGAGGAAGAGAAGGAACAAGUGACUCUAAAACCAAUAAAGAAGGAGAAACCAGAGGAAGAAAAAGCAGAAGUUACGUUAAAACCUGUUAGGCGACUUCCCAAGCAGGAGGAGGAAAAACCGGAAGAAGUGACAUUGAAACCUGUCAAGCGUCUUCCCAAAGAAGAAGUGGAAAAGGAAGAAGUUACUUUGAAACCAAUUAAGAGAGAGAAACCAGAAGAAGAAAAACCAGAAGUUACGUUAAAACCUGUUAAGAGACUUCCCAAGGAAGUAGAGGAAAAGCCUGAAGAAGUAACGUUAAAACCAGUCAAGCGUCUUCCUAAGGAAGAAGUAGAGAAGGAAGAAGUUACUUUGAAACCAAUUAAGAAAGAGAAACCAGAGGAAGAAAAAGCAGAAGUUACAUUAAAACCUGUUAGGCGACUUCCCAAGGAAGUAGAGGAGAAGCCUGAAGAGGUGACAUUAAAACCUGUCAAGCGUCUUCCUAAGGAAGAAGUGGAAAAGGAACAAGUUACUUUGAAACCAAUUAAGAGAGAGAAACCAGAAGAAGAAAAGCNCAGAAAAAAACCGGAAGAAGUGACAUUGAAACCUGUCAAGCGGCUUCCCAAGGAAGAAGAGGAAAAGGAAGAAGUUACUUUGAAACCAAUUAAGAAAGAAAAACCAGAGGAGGAGAAACCAGAAGUUACGUUAAAACCUGUUAGGCGACUUCCCAAAGAAGUGGAAGAGAAGCCUGAAGAAGUAACGUUAAAACCUGUGAAGCGUCUUCCUAAGGAAGAGGUGGAGAAGGAAGAAGUUACUUUGAAACCAAUUAAGAAAGAGAAACCCGAAGAAGAAAAACCAGAAGUUACGUUAAAACCUGUUAGGAGACUUCCCAAGGAAGUAGGGGAAAAGCCUGAGGAAGUGACAUUAAAACCUGUCAAGCGUCUUCCUAAGGAAGAGGUAGAGAAGGAAGAAGUUACUUUGAAACCAAUUAAGAAAGAGAAACCAGAAGAAGAAAAACCAGAAGUUACGUUAAAACCUGUUAAGCGACUUCCCAAGGAAGUAGAGGAAAAACCGGAAGAAGUGACAUUGAAACCUGUCAAGCGUCUUCCCAAAGAUGAGGUAGAGGAGGAAGAAGUUACUUUGAAACCAAUUAAGAAAGAGAAACCUGAAGAAGAAAAACCAGAAAUUACGUUAAAACCUGUUAGGCGACUUCCCAAGCAAGAGGAGGAAAAACCGGAAGAAGUGACAUUGAAACCUGUCAAGCGUCUUCCUACGGAAGAGGUGGAGAAGGAAGAAGUUAUUUUGAAACCAAUUAAGAAAGAGAAACCGGAAGAAGAAAAACCAGAAGUUAAAUUGAAACCUGUCAAGCCUUUGAAGAAACCAGAGGAAGAAAAGCCUGAAGAGGUAUCAUUGAAGCCAGUUAAACAUCUUCCCAAGGAGGAAGUGGAGAAGGAAGAAGUUACUUUGAAACCAAUUAAAAAAGAAAAACCAGAGGAGGAGAAACCAGAAGUUACGUUAAAACCUGUUAGGCGACUUCCCAAGCAAGAGGAAGAAAAACCGGAAGAAGUGACAUUGAAACCUGUCAAGCGGCUUCCCAAGGAAGAAGAGGAAAAGGAAGAAGUUACUUUGAAACCAAUUAAGAAAGAAAAACCAGAGGAGGAGAAACCAGAAGUUACGUUAAAACCUGUUAAGCGACUUCCUAAGGAAGUAGAAGAGAAGCCAGAAGAAGUGACAUUGAAACCUGUCAAGCUUCUUCCUAAGGAAGAAGUGGAGAAGGAAGAAGUUACUCUGAAACCAAUUAAGAAAGAGAAACCAGAGGAGGAAAAACCUGAAGUUAAAUUGAAACCUGUCAAGCAUUUAAAGAAACCAGAAGAAGAAAAGCCUGAAGAGAUAACAUUGAAGCCAGUUAAACGUCUUCCUAAAGAAGAGGAAGAGAAGGAAGAAGUGACUCUAAAACCAAUAAAGAAGGAGAAACCGAAGGAGGAGAAACCUGAAGUUAAAUUGAAACCUGUCAAGUUCCUGGAGAAACCAGAAGAGGAGAAGCCUGAAGAAGUUACUUUAAAGCCCGUCAAGCGUCUUCCGAAGGAUGAGGAGAAACCAGAAGAUGUUACUUUGAAACCUAUAGAAAAGAAGAAGCCGGAAGAAGAAAAGAAGCCAGAAGUUAAACUGAAACCAGGAAAACCUAUCGAGAAACCAGAAGAGGAGAAACCGGAGGAAGUGAAAUUAAAACCGGUUCCGAAGCCGGUCUCUGAAAAAGUCGAAGAGAAACCUAAAGAAGAGGAAAAACCUGAGUCCAUAUUACCAUGGCGCGUUGGCAAAAAGGCGAAGAAGGUCGUCGAUUUCCGAGAAGAAGUCACAGUCGUACCGAUCGAUCAAGAGAAAGUGGUCUCGGAGGAAACAACGGUCGUGGAACAGAAAGUGGAAGCUAAAGAGAUAACCCAGGUGAUGGUUAAAGAGAUCGAAGAACAUAAACCUGUAGAAGCGCCUGUAAUUCCGUGGAGGACACCGAAGAAAGAAAUGGUAAAAGAAGUCGUCGAAGAAAAAGUCGAAAUUGAAGAGAUUAAACCUGAAGUGGUACGCAAAGAAGAUACAGUAAUCGAAGAGAUUGUUGAAACAGAAGUCUCUAGGAUAAAGAAACGACGACCAAAGAAACCGGAAGAAGAGAAGGAAGUAGUCGAAUUGAAACCAGUCGAGAAACACGAAGAAUUCAUAGAAAAAGUAGAAGAGGUGGUUCUUAAACCAGUCAAGAAAGAAAAGGUAGAAGUAGUAGAAGAGAAAGAUGAGGUUCGUCUUAGACCAAUACCCAAGAAGCCACAGGAAAAGGAAGUACCUGAACAGGUAACUCUGAAACCUAUCAAGAAGGAGAAACCCGAAGAGAAACCUAAGGAAGAAAAAAUACCAGAAUUGAAACCAGUGAAAUUAGAGAAACCAAAAGAGAUAGAAGAGAAGGAAGAAACAGUGGCUAAAAUACCAUGGAGGAAACCUAAAAAGAAACCAGAAGAGGUACCUGUACCUGUUCCUAUAGAAAAGGCAGAAGUGAUCGAUGAAACUGUUACCGUAGAAGAGGUUAAAGUGGAGGAAAGAGUUAAAGAUGUGGUCACGAAAGAUGUAGUCGAGGUCGAAACAAAGAUCAAAGAAGAAAAAGUGGAGGAUCGUAAGAGCAGACGCAAGCAGCGUACGCAAGUUGAAAUAUCCAUCACGGACAAAGACAAAAAGAUCGCUCCGAGGUUUAUUCAGAAGCUACAACCCGUUAUCGCGCAACCAGAAACAACCGCAGAAUUCACAUGUACAGUGUUCGGCAGUCCAUUCCCCGAAAUUACCUGGUACAGAAACGAGCAGGAGCUUCACGCCAGUGAGAAGUAUAUAAUGACCAUCUACGAAACGACGGCCUCGUUGGAGAUAACUAAGGUGAAGGAAGAGGAUGCCGGCAUGUAUUCUUGCAGAGCGUCAAAUCCCGCUGGAGUAGCCACGUCCACCGUGAAUCUCGUGAUAUUCGAAAAAGAGGAAGAAGGCGUAGCGCCACACUUCGCAACACCCAUUAAGCCUCUCAUGGUGGAAGAGCACAAACCAGCUCUACUCGAAUGUGUGGUCACUGGAACACCGGUGCCGGAAGUAAAAUGGUAUCGCGGAGAGCAAGAACUGAAACCUCAAAAGGGUAGAGAAAUCACCUUCAAUCCUGAAACCGGUGAAGCAAAAUUGCAUAUAUUGGAGCCAGUGAAAGAGGACGAGACGAUUUAUCGCGUUCGAGCUGUGAAUAAAUUCGGUCGAGCCGAAUGCAGAGCUAAUUUGGUGAUCGGCACCGCGGUGAAGGUCACUAAACCGGAAGUCCUAAGAGCACCAAAGAUCACCAGGCCUUUACCAGCCUUGGUAGCCGAACUUGGAAAACCUCUAACUUUGUCAGCCGAUUUCGAGAGCAAACCAACGCCAAAAGUGAAAUGGUUCCGCAAUGGAACUGAAAUUGUCCCAUCUGACAAACGGGUGAUAAAUAUUUAUGAAACUACCACUGAAUUAUAUAUUCCUGAGGUGACGAAGAAAGAUGGCGGGAAAUACGAGGUUAGAGUUCAAAAUCCUGUUGGAGAGGCGAGAAGUUCGGGCUCUGUUACGGUGAAAGAACGCGAGGACAAGACAGACGAAGUGAAAGCUCCGAGGUUUAUCGAGCCGCUACAACCACAAAUUGUCGCCGAAGGAGAGGUCGUGAUCAUGGAAACACGUGUUGAAUCCUAUCCGACAGCCUCCUUCCAGUGGUUCCACGAAACUCGUCCUCUGGAGUCCACGCCACAGGUAAGGAUUGUGACGCAAGAGAACAGAUCGAUCCUCAUGAUCAAGGAGAUCAAGCCCGAGUUCGCGGGCACGUACACCUGUCGCGCCGAAAACGUUGGCGGAUCAGUCACCUGCACGGCGACGAUAAAUAUGUUAGAGACACCGUGGGAAGAAACCGUUGAGCUUGUUUCACCGACGUUUGUUAAACGAUUGUCACCGGUCAGGGUCAUGGACGGUGAAAGCGCAAACCUGACGUGCAUCGUCCAAGGGAAACCUACGCCUAAAGUGGAAUGGUACCACGACAACAAACCUAUCAAAGAGGGCAAGGAGAUUACUAUUAUUCAAGAUACGGAAGGUGUGUGCAGCUUGGCCAUAACCGAAGUAUUCCCUGAAGAUGCCGGAGAAUACACUUGUCGUGCCGUGAAUCCUGUUGGCGAGGCCGUUUGCAUGACGUCGCUUAUAGUGGAAGCAUACGAGUACGUACCAGAUUCGGAGAUUGCAUCCUCGAUCGUUGCGACGUCUCUUACUACAGGGCAGAGUGGUUCGGAAGAGGAUCUCUUAUCUCCCAAGGAAACUCCCUUGUUCGACACGGACACAGAGGAAUCUGCGCCGGAGAUAAUAAAGAAACUUCCUCAGUUAAUUCCUACCAAAGUCGGAGAGUUAACCAGACUGGAAGUGAAGGUCAAGGGAAAACCGAAACCAGAAGGAAAAUGGUACAAGCAAGGCCAGGAGAUCAUGCCGUCCGAAGAAUUCCAAAUCGAGGAGUUCGACGAUGGCACAUCGAUACUGACGAUAGCCGAAACAUAUCCCGACGACACGGGUGAGAUUGUGUUCGAGGUACACAAUCCACUCGGCGUAUCGACCACGAUGACGUACCUGUCUGUAGAAGGAAUCCUCGGAACAAAGGAGUACAGGAAACCAUCAUGGGUGGCCGAAAUGGAGGAGAUGCAAGAAGCUCUGAGAGCCACGCAAUCUGUACCACGAUUCAUCCAAGAGAUAACCGACGUUUAUGCGAGGGAAGGUGAAACCGCGGUGUUUGAAUGCAUAUACUCUGGCAAUCCUGCUCCAGACGUUGUAUGGUACAAGAAUGACAAGUUGGUCUCCAAUACCCAGAACGUGAAAGUUCGUAUCUCCGAUGAAGAGAAAAAGACAUCGCUAACGAUUAAACACGCGACCGAAGAAGACGAUGCCACUUAUGUAUGCAAAGCUACCAGUGAGAUAGGUUUGGCAACGACGAAAGCUAAACUACGCGUAACAGAUAUAACGGGUAAGACAACAUUCUUCGACGAAGAAGAGGUGGUCGAAGAACAGGUGACUGAAGUCAAACCUAAGGAGAAACCGAAAAAGAAGAAGCCAGAGUUGAAGAAGGCUAAAGAGACGAAGGAGAAGGUGAAGACUGAACGUGUGAAGAUAGACAAGAAGGAAGUGCGCAAAGAGAAGCUGGUUCCUAAAGAACAGCCAGAGGAAAAGAAAAUUGUCGACGUUGAAGAGACUCAGGUACUCGAAACUACAGAGAUUAUUGAAGAACAACCAACAGAGAUAACACGAGCAAAGAAAGUGGUGCCGAUCCAAGAGCCGCUAGUGACGGAAGCAACCGCGUCGCUGAAGAAGAUCGACGAUCAGAAGGCGCGCGAAAUGGUACCAAAGCCUGAGGAACGUGCAAAACGGGUGGUGGAGGAGCGCGAAGGUGUAGUCGUCGUCUCGGAAGUGGCCACGGAAGACAUAGCGCAAGAUUUCACAGUGGAAUCGGUGGUCGAUCGCGCUAAAAUCACGUCGGAGACCUUGCAAACCGUCUCUGUGACAGAGGUGCACACUGAAACUGGUGUCCAAGAGAUGAAACGUAUCGAGGCCAAACAACGAAAAGCAAAGAAAACAGUGGUAACCGAAGAAGAAAUAUUCGAAGAGAAGCCCAGAGAAGUAAUCACGGAGGAAAAACCGAAAAAGAAGAAGAAAGACAAGAUAAAGGUGAAAGAAGAAGUGACCAUCGAGGAAAUCGUAGAAAGACAAAGAGAGAAUAUCGCGAGAGAGGUGGAGGAAAUUAUGGAGAUGCUGCAUGCGAAAGAAUUUGGACCUGGCGAAGCUCCUCUUCGAGAAUUGGCUACUAUCGGCUUCUUGGUGCGCCAAGGUGUCUCCGUGAACGAGAUAAACGAGAGUCUGUACAGGACGGACAAUUUCCCUGCGUUGAAAACCCCCGAGGCUCAGAAUGCGCUGGUUCAAUUAGUGGAACGAGAAGGUCAUGGUCCAUUGAUCACGCAGGUUCUCACGGAGGAAACGACCACCGACGAAAGUGUAGUGGCCGCUACCGUUGGCUUCCGUGCUUUUAUGAGGAUGAUCGAACUGCAACACGUUACCGUGGAGGAAGUGCUCACGCAUUUCGCUCCGGAGGACUUCCGGCCGCGUGCUUGGGAGGUUACAGAAGCUACGGAAGUUGAAACGGAGGGACGAGUUACGGAACGAGUAGAUAUGAUCCACAAAAUGGAGGUCCAUUUCAUGGAGAGGAGGGACGAAAGAAAAGCCGUCCGCGCGCAGGAUAUUCGUGACAUAAAAGAAUACGAGGACACACGGCAGGCAUACACGACACUGCACGAACGAAAAGUAACAAAACCAAAGGAACAAAUCGAGGAGAAAAAGGAAGAUAGGGACGAGGGGGUUCAAGUUGUAGAAAUCGAGGAGAUCGAAGAGACUGAAAAGAAGAAGAAGAAGAAAAAGGACGUGGAAGAAAUUGAGGAAGAAGUCGAAACGGUCGUUAUUGAAACAGACUCGAAGGGCAGGGUGGCUCAAAAACAAAAGAAACGCGAUGAUUUAGAGAAACAGGUUGUAGAGGAAGAAGAAGAAGAAAUAGUAGAAAAAGUGAGGAAAGAAUUGAAACCCAAACGACCUAAGAUUGGAAAAGACGAGGUUGAGCUGGAAGAAAUCGAGGAAUUCGAAGUGACAAAAGAUAAAUCAAUGCCUUCGAUCAUGUUAAACGUUUCUAGCCAACGACAUCAAAUAGUACCUUUAGAUCGUACUAUUGAACAAGCACCUGGAAAACCAGAAUUAGAGAAAGCUAAAUUAACUAUGGACACGAUUACCCCAUUAACCGAGCAACUGGUCCCCGUUCAGGAAAAAGAAAUCGACGAUAUAACUCAAAUUAGGCCCAUUGAACGUAAAGCUUCCUUAUCUAUUUCACCAGUAGAACCUUAUUCUACGACAGAAACAACAGUUCAGGCUUCCACUGGCGAAUUUUCUGAUACAUUCAAACCUACAUCCUACGAAGCAACACCAGCUUUCGUUCCAUCCGAAGGUUUAAUUGUCAGUGAGACCUUGACCAACGAUGCUAAUCUAUCCACUUUAACUAUAGACAAACGAGAAGUCAGUAGAACUGCAGACGUUAGUGUGACUCUUCAAGAAGCUACUACUGUGUAUGAAACCAUGGUAAGUCAAAAGGAAGCUCCAACAGAAGACUUUGUGUCGCCAUUGACAGUCAAAGCGGAAGACACUAUUCUGCCUCAAGUAGGCUUAUCAGUCUAUGAAGUUCAAGAAGGAUUGUCAGAAGACAAAUUAGAACCAUUAAAGACUGUACCAACUAAACCCAGAAUAAACGUGACAGCAGUUGAACCAUUGGUUGUCGAAGAAGUUCGAGCAGAAGAUAAACCGGGAAAAUAUUACCCAGAACUGGUAGUUCCUACAGAAGUCGCCACAGAAACUGUCAUUCCGCAACGUCAACGAGUCACAGAAGAAAUGCACGCUCCUGAAAAGGAAGGUGAAUACGUUCCAGGUAGAUUACCACCUAGUCAGAAAGCACAAAUUGGAAUAUCUUAUGGAAAUGAAACAGCAAUUAUCCAACAGAAUGUUGUUCAGGAAAGUGAGGGAGUGUUUAUUGCUGAAAGGAAAACUGAUACAUUCGAGGCUACUCCAAAUGUAACUCUGUUAGAAGGGGUUUCUGUAUCUACGGUUCAAACGCAAGACACAGAGACUCAUCUGACAAUUGAAGAGAUGAAGAAGGCUGUUGCUGAUUUAAAUGUAGUCGAGAUUACAUCAGCUGUGACAGUGGAGACUGUCCCGUCUGAGAAAGAGAAAGAGUAUCAACCGGGAGACAAACCAACUACCAAGACAGCAGAGACAUCAAUAUCUCCAUUAGAAAUUGGAUCUAUCACGAGUACACUUAUUCAGGAAUCUGAGGGCGUUUAUCAACCAGAUCAGAAGCCUACGAAAGUAUUAGCGGAGACUUCUAUCAGACCUGAAGAACAUGUGAUGGUAUCAGAAAUCCAGACAGCAGAUUACCCGUCAGAUUUCAAGGAAGAGUUGAAAUACGUGCAAGAAAGUGGAACCGUAGCUGUGCAGUUGACAGAGGCUAAGAUGAUCCAGGAAACCAUGACUCACGAUCGUGAAGCAAAAAUGGAUGAAAUAGUCAAACCCGAAGAACGUGUAGUAGAAACUAGUUACGACGCUAUUAGAAGCGUUGAAGUGUUCCAGACUACGUCUAUAGAAAAGGAAGCUGAUCUUAAAAUCUUCGAAAUGCCAGAAUCUCAUCGUGGCAAGACAGUACCUACUCAUCCUGUAGUUUCGUUAGAGGUUGAGAUGAUUCAACCAGAAGAUAAUCUAGGUGUUAUCAAGAAAGAAGUUCCAUCUUCUGGCAUGGCUAAAAUAGAACCCAUUGGAUUACAAGAGACUGUAGUGCGAGAGACAAUUGCAGCAGAAGACGUAGCACCUGUUGAAAAAGACAAAGCACCGGAAUCAAAGACGGCUGAAGUUACAAUGAACGAAAUAGAAGGCGUUCAUACUACUAUGGUAAUCGCUAGCGAGAGAGAAUCUGAAUAUACACAAGUAUCUGAAAUUAAGGGAGCUUAUGCUAGCACAGAAUUUACUACACAAGUCGCACCAGUGUUCGAAGAAGUCAGAACUCAUUCACCAACUGGAGAAUACGUGCCUGAAGAGAAGCCAGCUUCUGGUGUAGCUCAACCAUCACAUGUUCCACUAGAGAGCGUAACUGUAGCCAUGCAGCAGUUAGCAGAGAAAGAAGAUUUGUAUAAAACUGACGUACAGCCAGACCAGAAGACUGCAAUUGUGGAAUUGACUGAACCCAGACCUGGUCCAACUGUCUUGGAGGUUAUUCCCCACGAUCGUGAGAAUGUUUACAGUCCUGACGUGAAGCCACAGGAUUAUACUGCUCAGACAUUGGUGUCCGGUCACACAGUUGCAUUAAAAUCAGAAACUUUAGUGGAGCAAAGCACCGCUGAUAUGAGUAUUGACACACCUAAAUCUGGAAAGGCUAUUCCACAAAGAGAUGCUUUGGAAGAAUUGGUUAUCACAGAGACAACUAUUGCUGAAACAGAGAAAACGAGAGAAGCAGAUGUUUUGCCAACUACUCAGAGUGCUGAGGUUGAAAUUCAGGUGAAGACUGAAAAAUUAACAGUCACUGAGAUAACCAGUGUCCAGGAAGAAGAAAAGUUGGAAGUGGAAGAGAUACCAAAAGAAAGAAAGGUUACUUUAGGAAUCACUGGAGGACACGAGGUUGCUGAGUUACAGGAGACAAUUCUUGCGAGCAAUGUAGAUAUUCUAAAAGAAGAUAAGACAAAGGAAGAACAUGCUAGUCAACAACAGAGUGGAUUGGAAGUCGUUGAACAGACAGAGAUAUCUAUUUCUGAGAAAGAGUCGCCUCUCCAAGAAGAUAUAAAACCUGAUACUAAGAACAUUGAAGUCACUUUUGAAGAAGGUCAAGGUAUCGUGGUAGGUAUAACGUAUCCAGAAGACAAAGAGGGAAUAUUCACUCGAGAAGAAAAACCUAAAGGUGUAGAAGCUACUGUAGACAUCGACACACAAGGAGUAGCAUCCAAAUUGGAAAUCCUUAGUGACACAAGCUUAAGUGAUCUGCCACAUGAAACGGUUCAAGAAAUGAAACCAAAAACCACGAUAUUACCUAUCGAAGCUGCAAUUGCCGAGGAAGUACAAACCAGAGAGACAGAAGCACCAUUCAGUGAGAUUAAACCCUCUGAUAAGAAAGCGAAUCUUGAAUUCGUGACAGGAGAAGGUUUAAUUGUUUCAGCAGUUACUACCGAAGAUAAAGAGAGUCUGCUUCCAGAAGGUGAAAAACCAGAGACCAAGACAGCUAGCUUCGAUAUCCCCACACAUAUUGUCGCUCAGACUAGUGAGACUACUACGACAGAUAAUGUGGGUGAAUUUGAGCGCAAAGAGGCUCCUACAGCAACAGCUACAACAGAUCAUAUUACUUUCCACAGUUUAAUUGCUUCUGAGAUGGCUGCUGGUGAUCUAGAAAAGCCUAUGGAAGACUUUGUACAACCAGAUAAAAAAGUAGUAGAUAUUUCAUUCCAGGAAGAAGAAGGAAUCACAGUAAUUGAGACCAUUGCUUCAGAUAUGGAGAAGGAAUACUUCGAGAAGCUAGAGAUCCAUGGUGAACAAGCUGUACCUAGUUUCGAUGCUCAUAAAGUGGCUCAGCUGACAGAGAUCAAUCCAGCUGCUGUUUCUGGAGACUUAACUGUGCCUGCACCAACUACAGUCGCAGCUAAAGAAGAACGAUUGCCAUUUGAAAGCAUCGUUCAAACUGAGACAGUUGUAUCUGAGACUGAGAAAGAAUUCAUGGACAAACCUGUAAUAACCAACAAAGCGGAAAUAUCUAUCAAUGAAAUAAUCAGUGCUACUACCACUACUGAGAUUCCAGCUGAUAAAGAAGAUAUUCUCAAAAUUCCUGAGAAACCGACUGAAAAACAGGCUAGUGUUCAGUUUGCUGGUCACGUGAUCGCUGAGAAGACAGAGGUGACUGUAGAUUCUAGUGCUGGAAAAUUGGAAGAGGUGAAACCAGUUUCAGCCGCAGCAAUGCCAUCUAGCAUUCCCCUGGAAGCUUUAAUUAGCUCAGAAACACAACCAACUGAAGCUGAAGGACUGUUUAAUAAGGAUAAAGCGCCAUUGCAAGCUUUGGCUGACAUGUCUCUAGUGGAAGAACAGAGUAUACUGGUGUCAACUGUGGUUUUGGAAGAUAAAGAGGAAGAAUAUAAGUCUAAAGAGCUUCCAGAGAUGAAGACAGCUGGGAAGAGUUUAGUUUCUGGUCACGUAGUCGCAGAAACAACUGUGCAAGUUGUAGAUUUUAGCACAGGCGAAUUUGUUGAGGAGAAACCAUCAGGUGCCACUGCAAUGCCAGAACAUGUUCCAUUUACUUCAUUAAUUGAGUCUCAGACUAUUGUUCAAGAAAGUGAAGACAAAUUUAUACCAGGACAAUUGCCAGAAGAUAAGAGAGCUGUUGUAGAUCUUGAAGAAGGUAGAAAGAUCGUGACUGUAUCUCAAGUAACUCCUGCAGACAAAGAAUCUUUAUAUAUUUCUGAAGAACAACCAUCCAAACAUGCAGCUUCUGUUGGAUUAGACACCACUCAUGCAAUUGCUGAAACUACUACUAUCUCUGUUGAAGAUUCAGUAGCAGAAGUGAAGGUAGAGAAACCAGAUACUAAAAAGGCACUUCCCAGUCAAGAAGUAUAUCAAAGUGUACAAGUCACUCAAGAUAUUGUUCAAGAUCAAGAAAAUAUUUUCGAAGGAAAAUUCAAACCAGAAGUUCAGAAGGUAGAAGUCUCUAUCGAAGAAGGUAAACGCGUGACUACUGUGACUGAAGUCAGCGCAGCUGAUAAGGAAGAGAUAUUAAAAACUGUUCAAGAAGAGAAAACACGAUCGGCAGUGCCAGCUAUCGUAUCCGGGCAUGAAGUGGCGGAAAGGUCAGAGGUUAUUCCACAGAUAAGUACUGGAGAUGUGGACAUUGUCAAACCUAUCACAGCAACAGCACAAGUAGGCCAGAAACCAUUCGAAACAAUCGAAAUGACGGAACAAAUCCUAGCAGAAAAAGAAAUAGAUAAGGUUGAGGAAAUAUCGAUGCAGAAGACUAGUGCACGUGUAACAAUAGAUGAGAACAGGUUUAUUGCUAUAACAGAAGCGACUACAGCUCAAGAUGGUGAAGUAGAACUGUCAGCUAUGAAGAAACCUCGCGAAGAAGUAGCAAAACCAGCGAUGGAAGGCAAAGAAGUCGCUGAACAGAUGGAAGUAAAUCUCAGAGAGGGGCUUGGAGAUCUUCCUGAAGCACCAAAACCGACGACUUUUGAAGCUCAUUCUGUUCAAACUAUGUUGGAGAGCGUUGAUAUUAGUGAAACGGUUCCGCAAGAACAUAGUACGAUAUUCGAGGAGAAGAUGAAGCUGGAUGAACAUAGCGCGAAAGUGAGCUUCGUGGAAGGAAAGAGUGUCACAGUUUCUCAUGUAAUCACUCAGGAUAAGGAAGACACUAUGACCAUACAGAAACGUGAAGAGAGCACUGCAGAGGUUACUUUGACGAAGGUUGGAAUGGACGUGGCGCAAAAGGCUCAGGUAUUUGUCGAACAGAGCACUGGUGCUGUUCUGCCCUUAGAGAAACGCGAGGUCAAAGCUCAUCCUAAACAAGAUGCUUUAGAACCUAUAAUUAUUGAAGAUAUUCCAAGCGCAGAGAGCGAAGGAAUAUUUGAUAAAUAUCCAAAAACAGUUUCGUCGAUUGCAGUGCCCAUGUUUGAGGAAGGUCACGGAAUAUCUGUGACGGAAGUGACAUCAGCUGAGGUUGAGUCUCUAUUGAAGGAGAAGAAAUUGGAAGCUGCUCAAACAGCUAGUAGUACAAUCAUCACGGAACGUAAUAUUAUCGAAACCACUACCGUUGAGUCUCAAGUUAAUAUGCCAGAUAAAGUAAAGGAUAUUACCAUACAACCUCAAGUAGCUGUUCCUGGACAAGACACGUUUGAAAGUAUCAUUGUGAGUCAGAAUAUAGUUGAAGAAAGUGAACGUUCGUUCGAAGGCGUGUUCAAACCACAAACUCAAAAAGCAGAUAUAGAUAUACAGAAAAUGACGCCUCUUCAGAUUUCGGAAACUAUUACAGAAGAUAAAGAGAGUGUCUUUGAUGUAGCACCCAAGAGAGAAGGAGUUAUAGCCACUCAAGAUAUCAGUCUUCAUGAAACUGUAGUUGGAUCUUUAGUGGAGAGUAUUCAGAGUACUCAAGAGAUCCACGAAGAGAAACGAGUAUCUUCUCAAGCCACGAUGACGCAAACUGUCAUAGAGACAGCUGUUAAGAUGGAGACGACGACUGGUGAACGCGAAGAGACGUUUGAAGGGAAAUUCAAACCUGAAGAACAAAAAGGAAAACCUCAGAUGGAAGGACUUACUACUGUUACAGUUACUGAGGUAGUUUCUAAUGAAAUUGAAGAUAUUUUGCCUGCAACUGUUGCACCUAAAGGGCAGCAAGCUCAGCCUAGUUUAACUGGCAGAGAAGUUCCUGAAGUAACCCAGAUAGUCACUGGGGCAACCACUGAAGAAUUCGAAAAAGUAACUCAAUUGAAGGAACAACAAGGUAAAAUGGAAGUAGAAGAAUUGUCUUCAGUAACGAUUUCUGAAGUAAUUUCCAACGAAACAGAGGACCUAUUCACUACCAAGUUUAUGCCUAAAGAUCAGAAGGCGGAGUUCAACAUACUAGGCCGAGAAGCUGCAGAAACAUCUCAAGUGACCACCAUAACCGAAGCUGAAGAUCUUGCCGUGAAACGUCCUGAAGAACAGAAAGGAAAACCAAAAUUGGACGAACUAACUCCACUUACAAUUUCUCAUGUUGUAUCUGAAGAAGCUGAGGAAGCACUACCAACAGCGGAAGUUCCAAAAGAGAAGACAGCUCAGCCUAGUCUAAUAGGAAGAGACGUAGCAGAAACUAUGCAGGUGUUGACUGUUGCCAGUGCAGAAGAACUUGUAGCACCCAAAGCACCAGAAGAACAAAAAGGAAAACCGCAAGUUGAAGAAUUAGCUCCUUUGACAGUUUCACAGGUGAUUUCUCAAGAAGCAGAGGAAGCUUUGCCUGCGCCGGAAAUUCCAGUUGAAAGGGAGGCACAGCCAAGCAUGAUAGGCAGAGACGUGGCACAGACGAUGGAAGUUUUGACUAUGGCGAAUGUUGAUACGCUGGCUGAAGAUAAGAAGCCUGGAGAACAGAAAGGAGUUCCUGGUUUGGAAGAAUUUGUGUCUCUGUCAAUAUCACAGACAGUUUCUACUGAGAAGGAGGACUUGUUACCUAGUCCUGAAGUACCUACAGAAAAAAUGGCACAGCCAAGUUUACUAGGUCGUGAUGUAGCAGAAACCACACAAAUUUUGACUAUGAUGGCAGCUGAGGAACUAAUAGCUGAGCAUGCACCGGAACAACAGAAAGGAAAACCAAAUGUAGAAGAACUGACUUCUGUUACAGUUUCUCAGACUGUCUCGCACGAGACUGAAGAGACGUUAGAGAAACAAGUAGCACCUAGUACAGCGACUGCUAAACCUGCUUUUACGGGAAGAGAAGUCGCCGAGACUAGUCAAAUUCUUACUGUGACGAAUGUAGAAGAAUUAGAAAAGCACGUAUUACCUGAAGGACAAAAAGUAAAACCACGAUUGGACGAACUUACGUCUAUAACAGUUUCUCAAGUAAUGUCUAGUGAAUUGGAGGAUACUCUGCCAUCUCCCGAAAAACCGAGUGAGAAGAUUGCUCAGCCACAGAUGACUGGCAGAGAGGUAGCUGAGAAAACCGAAGUCUUAACUGUGACGAAUGUCGAAGAGUUGCAGAAGUUGGAUAAGCCUGAGAGUCAGAAGGGUAGACCAGAUGUGGAAGAACUCAGCUUCCUCACUGUUUCAGAAGUGGUAUCGACAGAAGCUGAGAAGGAAUUACCAGCUCCAGAAGCUCCUAAAGAACGCAAGGCACAUCCACAGUUAGAUAGUAUUGAAGUCGCAGAGACCUCAGAAAUAUUAACUAUGACCAGUGCUCAAGAACUUCUUAAACCAAAAGCACCGGAAGAACAAAAAGGAAAGCCUCAAUUAGAAGAGUUGCUUUCCCUAUCAGUAUCAGAAGUCGCGUUUGGUGAAGCAGAGCAGGGUCUUCCAACUCCUGACGAACCUACCGCUCAAACAGCCAAACCUAGUCUACUAGGUAUCCAGGUUGCUCAGAAAUCCCAAGUAAUUACAUCAGUUAUAGCUGAAGAGUUACAAGAAACUACCAAACCAGAUACAAAACAAAUAAUUCCUGAACAAAUUCCAUUCGAAAGUAUAGAACAAAUACAGCCAAUAACCCAAGAAAGCGAAGACACGUUUGUCGUAGAAAAAACAGCUAAAUCAGCUACAGCAGAGAUGUCGUUCCGUGUGUCUGAGAGUGUCGAAAUAACUCAAGUGACGGCCACGGAACAAGAGUCAAAGGAAGUCAUAAAAGGCGUUGCUAAAGAAGUUUCAGCUCAACCUGAUGUGAUUAAACACGAAGUAGCUGUGAAAACUGAAAUUCAGCCAGCUGACGCAGCUGGUGAAUUUAAAGUAACUAGACCAGAGAAAAAGACAGCCAAAGGCGUAGAGGAGAUUCAACAAGGUGUAAUCGUAACAGAGCCAUUGAGCUCUGGUGAGAUUGAGUCAGAAAUGCCCGAGUCUGUAUUACCUUUCGCGAAGUUAGCGAGCGUUACUAUCGAGGCAGAACACCUGGAACACGUUAUGGAUGUCACGGAAGAAGUGGUUGAAAAGGAAAUCAUCGAGGAAGUCAAACCUAUCAAAAAGAUCAUCAAGAAGAGGAAGCCAGUGCCGGGUAAAGACGAGGUAACAGAGGAAGUCGUGGAAGAGAUAAUAAUAGAGCAACCGCAAGAAGAAGAAGCUCGACCAAUCAUAGAAGAAGUAGAAACAGUGACGGUCACUGAACACGAUGUACGAAAAGCUCCAAAGAAGAAGAAGGAGGUGGUCAUCAAAGAGGAAGAAGAGAUCUUCGAAACAAUCGAAACACCCACUCAGAAAAUAAUUCGAAAGAAGAUUCGUCCAAUGAAGAAAGGAGAGGAAGAGAUCGUGGUCGAAGAGAUAAUUCAGAAGCCACUAGAAGAAAUAACCAAAAUGGAGGAAGAACAAAUAGUAGAAGUCGUUGAGACACCCACUAAGAAAGUAGUAAAAAAGAAGAAAGCUAUAGUGAAAGAUGACGGUGUUCCUGAAGAGAUCGUUGAAGAAAUUAUUAUCGAAAAACCACAAAAAGAAAAAGCAAAACCUAAAGUAGAAGAAGGAAAAGAAACGGUUAAAGUAACAAAGGUUGAUCUGAAGAAAGCACCGAAGAAACCUGAAGAGGUAGUAGAAGAAGAAGAAGAGAUCAUUGAAACAAUUGAGACACCAUCAAAGAAGAUCAUUCGAAAGAAACCUAAAGAUAAGAAGGAAAAGGUAGUGGAAGAAGUUAUACAGAAGACCAUAGAAGAAGCAAAAGCCAUGGAGGAAAGUGAAAUCGUAGAAAUCAUUGAAACACCAACGAAGAAAAUAAUCAAGAAGAAAAAAGCUACAAUUACAGAAGGCAAAGCUCCUGAGGAACAAAUCGAAGAGAUCGUGAUUGAGAAACCUGUUAAAGAAAAAGCCAAAAAGAAGAUUCUACCAAAAGAAGGUUUAGAAAUCACUGAAAUUAUUACCGAAACUUCUGUCGAGGAGUUGCUUGAGAAGAAGGCUAAACCUGAAGAAGCCAAACCCUCGGAAGUGGAAGAAGAAAAGGCAGAAGUUACUAAAGUAGAAGUAAAGAAAGUACCAAAGAAGAAGAAGAAACCAGUUACAGCCCUUGAAACCGAAGAGGAGGACGAAGCUGUGGAAGAAAUAAAACCUGAGGUACCUAAAGAAGAAAAGGCGAAACCAACUGUUAUAGAGAAAGAAGGUGUUGAAGUGACUGAAGUGAUUUCUGAAAUGAUCACGGAGAAACUUCCUGAAGAGGUUAAACCUAAGAAGAAGAAGGCUACUGAGAUUAAGGAGAUAGAAGAGAAGGUGAUCAAAAAAGAGGUUAAAGUGAAGGAAGCACCGAAAGAAGGUGUGUCUGAAACGGAAGAACAGCCAGAGGAAGAAGUACAAGAACUUGUAACUGAGAAGCCAAAGAAGAUUAAAGCCAAGAAAGAAAUUACGCCUCAAGAUGGUAUUAUAACCACUGAAGUUAUUUCUACGACUGCGGAAGAAGAAUUACAAGUGCAGAAACCAGAAGAAGAUAAGGCUAAAAUAAUCGAAGAGAAGGAAGAGAAAGCAGAAGUAAAAGAAAAGAAGGUUACUGUAAAGAAGGCUCCUAGGAAGAAAUUAACACCGAAGGAAGCUGAAGAGGAACAAGUAGAGGAAGUUGUGGAAGAGAUUACAGCGGAAGAACCAAAGAAAAGGAAGGCUAAGAAGACUGUCCUUCCGAAGGAAGAGUUACAAACGACUGAAGUGGUUACUGAGAUUACUACAGAAGAAAUAAAAGAAGAGAAGCCAAGGGAAGAGAAGGCUGUUCCUAAAGAGGAAGAAAAGGUUGAAGAAGAGGCAACGGUUACCGAGGUUUCUGUGAAGAAGGUACCUAAGAAGAAGAAAAAGGAGGAAGUUGUGACGAACGGUGAAGUGAUUGAAGAAAAACCGAAAGUGAAGGAAAUUCCUGAAGAGAAACCGGAAGUAAAGGAAGAAGUAAAGGAAGAAAAGCCAAAGGAAAAGAAACCAAAAGAAGAGGAAGUGGUAGAAGAAAAACCAGAGGAAGUGAAACCAGAAGAAGAAAGAGCAAAAGAAGUGGAAACGGAGGAAGAGAAACCAAAAGAAAAACCAAAGAAAAAGAAAAUCACAGCAGAAAAGAAACCCACCGUUGUAGAGGAAGAACAACACGAGGAGAAGAUAGAAGAAAUACCAGAAGAGAAGCCAAAGAUGGUCAAAGCCAAGAAAGAGAUUAUUCCAAAGGAUGCUGUUGAAACCACAGAAGUUGUUCCAGAAACUGUUGCUGAAGAAACACCAACAAGGAAACCUGAAGAACGCAAGGCUGUACCAGUCGAAGAGAAACUGAAAGAAGUAGUAGUCGAAGAGAUUCCUAUAGAAAAAGCUUUGAAAGAGGAAAAAGAAGAAAUACCAGAAGAGAAACUAGAAGAAGUUCCUGAGAAACCAAAGGAAGCAAAGGUUGUGAAGAAGAAAAGGAAGAAGAUAGUGAAGAAAGAUGAAAUCGAAGAAUGGGUCGAACCGGAGUACGAAAGACCUGUACUGGAACCCAUGCCUGAGAAGAUUCAAUGGGAACCAAAGAAAAAGAAGGAGAAGAAACCUUUACCAGAAUCUUUGCAAAAAUUGGUCCCUCAAAAAAUCGAAAGAAAAGAGAUCAAACCCACGAAGCUCAAAUACUCAGAACCGACAGAAACCGUUCAGUUCGCUGCGAUCAAAUUGAAGAAAGUGACAGUUUCGAAGAAGAAAGUAGUCGAAGAAGCCAAAUUCCCGAAGAUCAUGUUACGAAGCAGACUUACAUUCGUCGGUGAUUAUCCGCCUGAAAUUCAAUAUCCAAAGGUAACGGAACUAGAAGACAAUCCGGUUCAAUCUGGUAUUCUGUCUAGAAACACCGAGGAAGCUCUAGAAGUGCUGAAGCGAAAGGUGAAAAAGAUUAAACUUCCUAAGAAAGAAAUUACAGAAUUGGAAAAAUUGGAUCAAGAAUUCGAAGAAUUGAAGAAGGUACCUUUGGAGAAAGUGGAGGAUAAAUCGAUAUACGAACGUCCACCGAAGAAGCCUGCAGAAAAACCAGAAGAGCCACAGAAGUUGGUCGUUGGCAAAGGCAAGGUACCUGAAGAAGAAAAAGUGGAACCUGAAAAGGUGAAACUAAAGAAGGUUCCUGAAAAGAAACCAGAAGAAAUUGAAGAACCAUUGAAGAAACCACCCAAACCAGUACCAGAAGAGGAAGUAAAACCAGAGAAAAAAGAAAAACCAAAGGUGAAAUUAGAACACGAUGAGUUAAAGCCUUUGGAUUUCGACAGACCAGAACUGGAGAAAUAUGAACCAGAGAAAUACGAAGAACCAGAAAAACCAGCACCAGAGCCAGUUUCAAAACCAUAUGAACCAGGAGAGAAGAAGAAGCCAGAUCAAGAGAUCGAACAGAUUCCGUUGAUAAAGGGAAAACCGAAACCACAAGAACCGGAUGAAGAACCUGAAGUUAAGUUCAGAAUACCUCAAAAAGACAAGCCAGAAGAGGAACCAGAGAAGAUAACGUUAAAGGGGUGGAAAAAAGACAAACCUGAGGACGAAGGUGUGGAAGAGUUCCCAGCGAAGGAAGAAGAAGAAGCUCCUAAAGUACCCAAAGAAGAACUUGAAGAAACCACUGUGAAGCGUAAAGUGAAACCAAAGAAACCCAAAGACAAGGUUCCUAUGGAAGAAGAGGUAACGCUGAAGGAGCCUGAAAAGAAGAAACCAGAGGAAGUUCCAGAAGUAGUAGAAGAUAUCACUUUGAAGAAGGAACCAGAGAAACCUAUUGAAGAAGCUCCUGCUGAACUUACCAUCAAGAAGCCAGUUUUGAAGGAGAAAGAAGUACAAGAAGAAGAAAUAGUGACUGAAGUGACGUUAAAGAAGAAGCCGGAGAAGCCUGAAGAAGUGGUUGAAGAAGCAAUUGUGAAAAAGCCAAAGAAGAAGCCCGUAAAAGAAGAAGAGGCUGCUGAAGUUACAAUAAAAAAGAAAGAGGAAGUGGAAGAAGAAAUUAAAGAAGACGUUGUUAUAAAGAAGAAGCCAGAGGAGAAGGCGCCUGCAGAAGUGGUUGAAGAAGUCAUUUUGAAAAAACCAGAAGAAAAAGCUGCUGAAGAAGUAACUGAAAAAAUAGAGAAACCUAAAAGGAAGAAACCUGUGAAGGAAGAAGCUGCCGAUGAAGUCACUAUUAAGAAACCAGUGCCAGUAGAAAAAGAAGAAGAAGAAAUUAUAGAAGAAGUAACAUUGAAAAAGAAGAAACCAAAGGAGAAACCGGUUUCAGAAGAAGUAACCGAAGAAGUUACACUGAAACCGGUUCCGAAANAAGAAGAAAAGGCACCAGAGGAAGUAACUGAGAAAAUAGAGGUAAAGAAACCUAAGGAGAAGAAACCAGUGGUUGAAGAAGCUGCCGAUGAAGUUACUAUCAAAAAACCAGUUCCAGUAGAAAAGGAAGAAGAAGAAAUUAUAGAGGAAGUGACACUUAAGAAGAAGAAACCAAAGGAGAAACCGGUUCCAAAAGAAGUGAUUGAAGAAGUUACACUGAAACCAGUUCCAAAGGAAGAAGAAAAGGCACCAGAGGAAGUAAGUGAGAAAGUAGAUGUGAAAAAACCAAGGAAAAAGAAGCCCGUGGUCGAAGAAGCUGCCGAUGAAGUCACUAUUAAGAAACCAGUGCCAGUAGAAAAAGAAGAAGAAGAAAUUAUAGAAGAAGUAACAUUGAAAAAGAAGAAACCAAAGGAGAAACCGGUUUCAGAAGAAGUGAUUGAAGAAGUUACACUGAAACCAGUUCCGAAAGAAGAAGAAAAGGCACCAGAGGAAGCAACUGAGAAAGUGGAGGUGAAGAAACCUAAGGAGAAGAAGCCAGUGGUUGAAGAAGCUGCCGAUGAAGUUACUAUCAAGAAACCAGUUCCAGUAGAAAAGGAAGAAGAAGAAAUUAUAGAGGAAGUAACACUUAAGAAAAAGAAGCCAAAGGAGAAACCGGUUUCAGAAGAAGUGAUUGAAGAAGUUACACUGAAACCAGUUCCAAAGGAAGAAGAAAAGGCACCAGAGGAAGUAAGUGAGAAAGUAGAUGUGAAAAAACCAAAGAAAAAGAAGCCCGUGGUCGAAGAAGCUGCCGAUGAAGUCACUAUUAGGAAACCUGUCCCUGUAGAGAAGGAAGAAGAGGAAAUUAUAGAGGAAGUAACAUUGAAAAAGAAGAAACCAAAGGAGAAACCGCUAACGGAGGAAGUAGAGGUCGCUGAAGUGACUCUCACGAAACCAAAACCAGUGGAGGAAGAGAAGAAACCGGAAGAAGUAGAAAUAUCGUUGAAAAAGAAACCGAAGAAAAAGCCAGUCGUCGAGGAAGAAGCUGCCGAGGUAACUAUCAAAAAAUUAGUUCCUACCGAAGCGGAGGAGGCUCCUGAAGAGAUUACCAUCAAGAAGAAGAAGAAGCCAGAAAAGAAACCAACGCCAGUCACGGAGGAGGUUGAAGAAACUGCCGUAACCAUAAAGAAAGCUCGAGCUCCUGAAGAACCUAAAGAAGAAGAAGAAAUAUCAACCGACGUACAAAUAAAGAAGAAGAAACCUGUACGUAAAGUUACGGAAGAGGCUGCUGAAGAAUUAACGAUCAAAAAGAUCGAAGAAGUGGAACAACCAGAAGAAGAAGAAGAAGAGGUCCAAGAAUUCACAGUCAAAAGGAAACCUCCAAAACUGCCUCCAAAACCAAUCGAAGAAAUCUACGAAGAUGUUACUCUUCGAAAGUUACGUCCAAAGAAGAAACCAAGGCCAGAUAUCAAAGAAGUAACAGAAGCAGAGAAUGUUACGUUCAGACCACGUUCUACGAAGACCAAAGAAGAUGUAGAGCAAGAAUUCAAGAUCUCGUUGAACACUUACGAGGAAGAAGACAUUUCUAUGUCCGGUAAGGUUAAACUGAAACCUAAGAAACGACCGAUGACGUACUCUGAAGAAGCCGGGGAAGAAACCAUCAAAAUUAUGCAAGAAGUCGAAGACGACUCUGGGCCAAUUAUAGAAGAGAUCAUAGAAUCAGACGAGGAGGCUAGAGAUGAAUAUAGUAUAGAAGAAUUGGAGACUGAUGAGAUGAGAGUGCCACUGAGAAGGAGAAAGAAGAAGGAACCAAGGCCAUAUAAGGUGGAAGAUAUCGAAGAAGGUGACGUGAGCUUGAAAUUGAAACGCGAGAGGAAAUAUUCGGUGGAGGAAGCUGACGAAACGUUGGCGCUGAAGUUGAAGAGCAAGAGACGAGUUUCCACCUUCGACGAAGAAGAGGCCUCGCUUAGUAUCACCAGAGAAGAAGACAUUUCAGAGGAAGAUGAAAUCGAAUACGUUGUACGCGAUGGCGACACAAUGUUCUCGAUUUGCUCGUACGUGGCAGAAACUGACGAAGCCAUCAACCUCGUCGAAGGAGAAAGAGUUUACGUUAUCGAACAUUCGAAUCAAGACUGGUGGUUCGUGAAGAAACACCUGACGGAAGAAAAGGGCUGGGUUCCAGCGCAAUAUCUUCUCAACGAAGUGCACUAUACUCUGUAUCUACAGCGCAAAUUGCACGAGAAAAUCGAUAAAUUACCAGUAUUUGAAAAACCAGCGCCCGGAGAGAAGACAUCAGCACCGAGGUUCAUCGAAAAAUUGCAGCCAAUUCACACACCAGAUGGUUACACGAUCCAAUUCGAAUGUCAAGUGGAGGGUCUACCAAGGCCUCAGAUAACUUGGUUCCGACAGACAGCCAUCAUCAAGCCAUCACCUGACUUCCAAAUGUACUACGACGACGAUAAUGUAGCAACUUUGAUCAUCAGGGAAGUGUUCCCUGAAGAUGCUGGCACCUUCACCUGUGUCGCCAAGAACGCUGCUGGUUUCGCUUCCAGUACCACAGAAUUAAUUGUGGAAGCGCCUCUUUCUGAUCACGGAUCGGAUCUUACUGGUCCAUCCAGAAAGAGCCUCUCAAGAGAAUCAUCUCUCGUCGACAUCUUGGAGGGAAUACCACCAACGUUCUCAAGGAAACCAAAGGCGAAAUACGUCAACGAAGGUGAUGAUGUGAUUUUGGAAUGUCGACUGGUAGCAGUACCUGAACCAGAAAUAACCUGGUACUACAAAGAUACGCAGAUUACAACCAAAGAGAACAUCGUGGUUGCUACCGAAAGCGACAUGCACAUGUACUGCAGCGUAAUUAAGAUCACCAAAGUACAGAAGAAACAGGAAGGAAAGUACACUAUCGUUGCUAGAAACAGGGAAGGUGAAGCCACCAUAGAAAUUCCUAUGAAGGUGAAGACUGGCAAACACGAACCGCCAGAGAUUCUAGAACCAUUACAAUCGUACGUGAUACGGGAAGGUGAAACCGUGGUAUUAUCGACUCAAAUCGUCGGAAACCCAGCUCCUAAAGUAACUUGGUACAAGAACGGUAAACCACUGAAGGGUUUGACUCCGAAACAAGAUGGCCACGUGAAUACGCUCACGCUGAUUCAACCUCAAGUAUCUGACACAGGGGAAUAUUCUGUGGUAGCUACCAACGAUCUUGGCACAGCCGAAACGAAAGCUACGUUGACAGUUGAAAUAAACUUGAAGCCUUCCCUGACCAUUAGCUUCCAGCAACAAACAUACGAACAGCACAGUGUAUCGAAGGAAAUACCUAGCGGAGCUCCAGAACCGCCACUCUUCACGGAACGGUUCCAAGAGCUCACCGUUCCGCAGAAAGGUACCUUCAAGUUGGUGGCGAAGGUUACUGGAAACCCUGUACCAGAAGUCACGUGGUUAAGAAACAACAAACCCUUGGAGAAAUCGCCGAACGUCACAGAAACCUACGAUGGCGAGAACAUCGUACUGGAGAUCAGAAACGCGGAUUCAGAGGUAGACGCAGGCGAUUACAAGUGUGUCGCGAGCAAUCCAGUUGGAAAAGCGUCUCACGGUGCCAGAGUGACGGUAGACGUGGAAAAAGUAACAUUCACCAAGACUCUGGAGAAGGAAGUCGUCAUCGACGAGUACAAGACCUUGGAACUCACCUGUGAAACAUCGCACACGGUGUCUACGAAAUGGUGGCACAACGACCAGGAGAUCAGUGGAAUGGAUCAUCGCGAGAUCAUUCACGAAGGACGAGUGCACAAGCUGGUGAUCAAGAAAACGAAUCCUACGGACGAAGGAACUUACAAGUGCACCGUGAAGAAUCAAUCGACGUCGAGCAAAGUUACGGUAAAAGCCACGAAACCGGAAUUCGUGAAGAAGUUACAAGACUGCGAGGUAAAGGAGCGUGAUGUUGCCAUUUUGGAGGUCGAAGUUACAUCGGCGACAGCGGACGUUAAAUGGUUCAAGGAUGGCGAGCCUUUGAGACCAAGUAAAGAGAAAUUGGAAUUUGUUAAAGAAGGCACCGUUAGGAAAUUGUUCAUUAGAAGCACAUCCGUCCAUGACGAAGGAGAAUACACGUGCAGCCUUAUCGAUCAGAAAUGUUCAGCGGAAGUCACCGUCAUUGAACUACCACCGGAAAUUAUUACGAAGAUGCAAGAUGUGACAAUAGCAAGAGGCGAGAGGGCAACGUUCGAGAUAGAACUAACAAAAGGAGAUGCGUUGGUUCGAUGGUUCAAAGAUGGACAAGAGUUACAAUUUUCGGAACACGUCCGAUUGUCGAUCGAUGGCAAGAGACAGAAGCUGAAGAUCUACGAUACGGAACCGGAGGAUGCAGGCGUUUAUUCCUGCGAAGUCGGUGAACAAAAAUCAACAGCAAAGCUGACCGUAGAGGAACCUGGCGUGGAAUUCGUCACUAAAUUACCGGAUGUCACCCUUGUGCCAUUGAACGCCGAUGCCGUUUUCGUUAUUGAAAUAUCACGCGACGUUCCAGUCACAUGGAUGAGGAAAACGGAAGUCCUUAAGGAAUCGUCCAAGUACACCAUUAUAGAUGAGGGAACCGUGAAGAAACUGAUCGUGAAAAAAUGUACCGCCAAAGAUAUCGCGGAAUACACAGCUGCGGUGACGAACGUGAAAACAUCAUCGAAAUUAAGAGUCGAAGUUAUGGAAACGGCGCCAAAGAUUAGUCCGGAUACACCAAAGAAGUACAAAGUAAGGAAAGGCGAAGACGUGGAAGUGGUCGUGAAAUUCAGCGCAACACCAAAACCAAACGACGAAUGGACAGUGAACGGCAACGUGGUUACAAAAUCGAAACGAGUUGUGCCAUCAAUCGAUGAAGAAUCCGCGGUAUUAACAAUCAGGAAGAUACAAGAAGAAGAUGUUGGUGAUUAUACUUUGAAACUGGUGAACAACGUCGGAGAGGCUACCAUCGAGAUCAACGUCGUUAUCGUCCAGGUACCGAGUGCACCUGGAGCACCAGAACCAUUGGAAGUAACUCAGGAUAGUGUUACGCUUCACUGGAAGAAACCAGAUUCAGAUGGAAACUCGCCCAUCGUUGAGUACAUUCUGGAGUAUCAAGAAAAGAAUGAAACUACGUGGAGCAAGAUUACAGAGACGAUAACAGAAACAACACAUACGGUAACGAAAUUAACCACGAACAAAGAGUACACCUUCCGAGUAACAGCUGCAAACGAGGCUGGACCAGGUGAAACAUCACCAACUUCUCCGUACAUAAAGAUAACAAAACCAUCGGCUGCAGAACCACCAGUUCUUCUAGAACCUCUGAAGAGUGUCAUCGUUGGCCUUGGAGAAACAGUCACCCUAUCUUGCGUCAUUGGAGGAACACCAACGCCUCAGAUUACUUGGUUGAGAAAUGAGGAAAUUUUCGAAGACAGCAACAUCACGUACGAAAAUCGCGUGGCAAAGUACACGAUCACGAAGACAACGGAAACAUCGUCGGCGACCUUCACAGUGAAAGCAAAGAACGAAAGAGGAACAGCAGAGACCACGUGCGAACUGAAGGUGCAAGAGCCGCCUAAGAUCACGUACGACGAGAGUUUGGCAAGCCAGAAACUUCCGGUGAACAGUCAAUGGAAAAUCGAUAUUCAAGCGAGCGGCUUCCCGAAACCAGAAAUUACAUGGUCGAAGAACAACAAGAAGAUAGUGGAUAAACGUGUAUCCAUUCAGACAGAAGAAAAGACCUCUACUAUCUCUAUCUCUUCACUCGUUAGAGAAGACACAGCUACUUAUACAGCAAAGGCAGCGAAUCAAGCUGGCAGCUCUUCGGUUGACUUACAUCUUAGAGUCAUAGAUAAACCAAGCAGGCCGCAAGGACCAGUGAACUUCAAGGAAAUCAGACAAGAUCGCGUCACCAUCGAAUGGCGACCACCAGAAGACGAUGGUGGAAUCGAACUGGAGAAAUACACGAUCGAGAAAUGCGAACCGGGCAAAGCUUGGGUGAAGAUGGUCGAUAUCGACAAAGAAGUGGAGAGCUUCUGUGUGCACAAACUGCAACAGAAUGCAGAAUACAAGUUUAGAAUCAUCGCCAGGAACGCUGUCGGAGCGUCAGAACCAUUGGAAUCGGAAACGGUCAAAAUGAGAACUUCCUUUGAGCCACCUGGACCGCCAAGAGGACCGCUAGAAGUAUCAGGAAUGACGAAGACAUCCUUCACGAUAAAAUGGCAGCCUCCAGAGAACGACGGUGGAACACCAAUAACCGAAUAUAUCGUUGAAAUGAAAGAAGAAUCGAAGAAAUCUUGGCAGAAGAUCGGCAGCACAAAGCACGAAACGACGCAGUUGAGCGUAUCGGAACUGAAGACAGAUGUACCGUACAACUUCAGGAUAACAGCGAAGAACAGUGUUGGCACUGGUCCUCCAUACGUAGCCGAAGAACCAAUUUCAGCAGGCAGACGAAUCAAAAUAACAAAGCUCACCGAAAGCACCAUGUACGCUCUGCUUGGCAUAUUCCCGUCGACGAAGGUAGUUAUGAGUAAAACACCUCCAUCGAGUCCACAACACGUACAAGUGACGAAUGUAACCAGUAAGAGUGUCACACUUAGUUGGUCUCCGCCAGCCAGCAAUGGAGGAUCAGAGCUCACAGGAUACAUCAUCGAGAAGAGGCCAUUGAUUGGAAAAGGAGCAAGAUGGACGAAGGUUGUCACCCUGGACGCUACGACGCUUCAAUAUUGCAUAGAAAAUUUGAAAGAGAGCGAAUUUAUCUUCAGGAUCUUCGCAGAGAACAACAUGGGACUCAGUUUACCUACAAACUCAGAACCGGUUACCCUAAUGACUCAUGCCAACGUGCCAUCGCCACCAACAGCGCCAUUGGAAAUCAGGCAGAUCGCAGCGAACACGGUCGUAAUUUCAUGGGGCAGACCGGAAUCCGAUGGUGGAGCACCAUUGGAAGGUUACAAAAUUGCUAUCAGGGACGCGAAGAAGACGAUGUGGAUGGAAGUAGGCAAAGUGAACGCUGAAACACAGAAAUUGAAUAUCAGGGAUUUACAGGAGAACCAUAUGUACCUGAUAAGGAUUUUUGCCAGGAACGAAGUCGGUCACAGCGAUCCUUUGGAGUCUGAUGAACCAGUCAAGAUCAUACCAGCUUCCGAAUUAGCCGUAGUGGAGCCAGUAGCAGAAGCUACCGAGAAAGGUGAAACCGCGUCGAUGAGCUUCAGCACAGAGAACACGAGUUCUUGGCUACGCGAGCACAACAUGGAUGCCGAUAUCCAUUCGUACGCGAGAGCGAGACUUCUUAGACAAGACGAAUACUUCUUCCGCAUUUGGCAUUAUGCUAAGAAACUCUUCGAAUAAGCAUUUCUACGAUUUAAUGGCUGAGGAAAGACGAAGGAUCAAUUUAUAUUCGUUCUUCGUUUUAUCGAGGACCAGAACAAUUUAACGCGCUAGUAAGACAAAAAGAAAAUCAACAGAGACAGUAAGGAACAUCUUUGAUAUUAAUUUCAUACAGGAAUCUCAUUCUUCUUUUUUCUAACGAAAUUCUCAACAAAUCGUGUUCGUAUAAUAUUUCGAACGACUUGGAUAAUUAUUUUCUUCUUCAGUGAAUUCGCUUAUCGUAUCUAUUUGAUCUCUCACUUGAAUAUCGUCAUUCGUGAAACAACGAAAACGUAAACAUUAUCGAAUCGUUCCUCUCUUUUCUCGCACGCGUAUAGAGACUAGAUUUAAUGUAAGGAUCGAUACUGGAUGGGUGUAGAAUCUAGUCAGCGUAGUAGUAAUACUUUUUUUUUGUUCUUUUUUCAUCUUUUAACGGACCAAGACUUCCUCACGUAUACUUAGAGUCGAUACAAAUGGAAGAGGAAUUCUUUCCAUUCUUCCAAUUCACGAAAUAAUCGAUAAUACUAAUAAUCGAUAAUGGUAAUCGUAUUACUGAAAAUUCGUGAAUCCAGCAAAGAGAAGUAUGUUUGGAAAUAAACUAAGAAAUGUUAUCAGUGAUCUUUAUGAUAUAGCUUAUCUUUUUAUUUCUCAAGCAUUUUAAGUAAAAUUAUAAAUAACAUUAAUUAUAUUCUUACUAUCAUAAAGAUUCACUGUAAUCUUUCUUCGUUUCUGAAUUAUUUAAUAUUAUAGAAAUUAUUCUUAUUUAUUAUUUAUUGGUUGUAUAAUUAUUUCUAUUAAUCAAAUAAUUCCAUUAUAUUCGAAUGAAUAGCUAGCUAUUCAAAUGAAUGGAAAGUUUGCACGAAUUUUCAGUCACACGAUUGCGCUGUACUUGAAGAUGAAAACAUCCUGACUUCCUCGGGAUAUUCCUUUCGUUAAAACUACGCUAUUGUCAAAUAUUCGACGAGAAAAUUCGAAAAGCCCCGAGACUAACAGAUCGUCGGAGAAUGUGAUAAACGAUCGGAAUCGAUCGAGUACCUUGUGUAAAGAAGAAAUUUAGAAGCGAUUUAGAAGCGAUUAAGUAUACUUGAACCCUUUCUCCCCCAAUCCUAAACCAUCCUAUUGUCCAUCCCUUCGUUAUCCAUGCCACCCUUUGUAUUUAUAUUAUAAUUGCGAACGGAAAGCAACGUUCGGUUACUCACCCAAGUUUGCGAGGAUUACUUUUAGUAUUUAUUCGUAAUGUAUAAUGUUAUAUUUAAUUGUUAUUCGUCACCAUUGCCGAUAUAAUUAAUAAUAAUUGUUCAUAAUAAAUCGGCAUUGGUGCCGAUUAUUCAUGCGACUGGUCAUUAAGAGACUAGAAAACGAAACGAAGAAAUGCCACGCGUGGUUGGUGUCGCGAGACGUAACAAAAUAUAGGUGCAAAAACAACAGCAUAAUUCACCAACGACGCGUCGCAUACUUCGACGUUAUAUUGUAAGACAUUUUGCGAAUUAAAUUAUUGCAUAUAAUAUAA